GGAUGUGAUGAGAGGCGGCAAAGAGUUGAGUAGCGGCGGGUGACAGCUGAUCUGACCCGGGACAGGAUAACCGAUACCUGUUACAGCGCGCAGCUCCUCGCACCCGUUAUACUCUGUGGAUAUCAUGGGCCAUAAAUCAGACCAGCUGCUCAUUGUGGUCUCCAUCCUGGAGGGUAAAUAAUGUGUUUAUUGUGUGAACAGUCUGACAGCCCGGCUACGGCGCUCUGUGGGGGCUAUUUCACCCGCUUUGUAGAGGGGUGAGCGGUAUAUGCAGGUAGCAGCACUCCCUGGGGUAGGGGGGGUGAGCUAUGUAUUUGGUAGAGGGGGUAGGCUGUGUAUUUAGUAGAGGGGUGAGAGCUGUGUAUUUGGUAGAGGGGUGGCUGUGUAUUUGGUAGGGGGGUGAGCUGUGUAUUUGGUAGAGGGGGGUGAGCUGUAAUGUUGGUAGAGGGGGUGAGCUGUGUAUUUGGUAGGGGGGUGAGCUGUGUAUUUGGUAGAGGGGGUGAGCUGUGUAUUUUGGUAGAGGGGUGAGCUGUGUAUUUGGUAGAGGGGGUGAGCUGUGGUAUUUGGUAGAGGGGUGAGCUGUGGCAUUUGGUAGGGGAGGUGAGCUGUGUAUUUGGUAGGGGGAGGUGAGGCUGUGUUUAAUUGGGGAGGUGAGCUGUGUAUUUGGUAGGGGGAGAGGUGAGCUGUGUGUAUUUGGUGAGAGGCGAGCUGUGUGUGUAUUUGGUAAGGCGAGCUGUGUAUUUGGUAGGAGGCGAGCUGUGUGUUUUGUGGUGGUAGAUGGGGCCGAGCUGUGUGUUUGGUAGAUGGGGGCUGAGCUGUGUGUUUGGUAGAUGGGGCGAGCUGUGUGUUUUGGUAGAUGGAGGCGAGCUGUGUGUUUUGGUAGAUGGGGCGAGCUGUGUGUUUGGUAGAUGGGGCGAGCUGUGUGUUUUGGUAGAUGGGGCUGAGCUGUGUGUUUGGUAGAUGGGGCUGACUGUGUGAGCUGUGUGUUUGGUAGAGGGGGUUGUGGCAAACCUAGCUACUCAAGACUGUGUGUGCAUGUAUAAUAUACUGUUACUUUAAGCCUGCCUACUUAUACCCAUAUUACUUAGGUUGUGUUGUAAGAAAAAGAGAGCAUUUGUAUGCUUGUGACAUGAAAGCCACAAGCAUUCAUAUGGUAGUUUCACGAACAGUGAAUUUCAUUGCUGUUCGUGAAACGAACAAACUGCCGAAUGGGAGACCACACACGGGGUCGUUUGUCUCCCAUUAAACUAUUGCAACAUUGUAUCCCCGGCCAAUUAAUGUGGUUCACGGGUGGUCGCCAUUCGUAUGCCGAACGAAAGCCCAACAGUGCUAAAAAUGGCUACUCGACUUCACGAACACGGCCGGACUUCCAGGCUGUUUGGGAGACUCGUUCUUUCGGCAUAUUAAAGGACCACUCUAGGCACCCAGACCACUUCAGCUUAAUGAAGUGGUCUGGGUGCCAGGUCCUUCUAGGGUUAACCCAUUUUUUCAUAAUUAUAGCAGUUUCAGAGAAACUGCUAUAAUUAUGAAUGGGUUAAGCCUUCCCCCUAAUCCUCUAGUGGCUGUCUCAUUGACAGCUACUAGAGGCGCUUGCGUGCUUCUCACUGUGAAAAUCACAGUGAGAGCACGCCAGCGUCCAUAGGAAAGCAUUGUAAAUGCUUUCCUAUGAGACCGGCUGAAUGCGCGCGCAGCUCUUGCCGCGCGUGCGCAUUCAGCCGGCGGGGCGUAACGGAGGCGGAGAGGAGGAGGAGAGCUCUCCGCCCAGCGCUGAAAAAAGGUAAGUUUUUACCCCUUUCCCCCUUCCAGAGCCGGGCGGGAGGGGGUCCCUGAGGGUGGGGGCACCCUCAGGGCACUAUAGUGCCAGGAAAACAAGUAUGUUUUCCUGGCACUAUAGUGGUCCUUUAAAGCUCUCUAUGCCAGGAAAGAUGCAUUGAGAUUUCUCUCGUUUUCAAGUAUGUCCUGGGUGUGAUAAUGUGAUUAUCAGUACAUUCUUACCCUAUUAUCUCUCUUGUACAGCAUGGCCUGAUGGGAAAUGACCUUGCAUGGUCAGUUUCCCACACAGUACCUUUGAUAGAAACCCAUUGCAUGGGGACCUGUAUAAAUUGUGUGACAUUGGAAUAAAGCCUCAGUUGACUCCCAGACUAUGUGUCAUCUAGUUCUUGGGAAGAAGGGAUUCCUGUAACGCUACCUGGAUUAUUAUAUGCUGUUCCUGUCUACCAGUGGAGAUAUUGUGGAUUGUACUACCUCUCUGCUACAGGGGUGAGCUGUGUAUUUGGUAGAGGGGGUGAACGGUGGUUUUUUGUUUUGUUUUUUGUAGAGGGGAUUUUUAUUUUGCAGUACACCCUGUGGUAGAGGGGAUGGAGGUUAUUUCCUGGUUUGUAGAGGGAUGAGCGAUGUUUUGUAGUACACUCCAGGGUUGAAGGGAUGGUGAAUAUCCACCUGUUUGCAAUCACAACUUGUAUUUUGGUUUCUCAGUGUUAUUUCCUGAAUUCUGCUACUAUUCCAUCCGAGUUUCCGAAUAAUCUACAUAAAGUGAUGAUGUAAACCUCUGUCUACAGUGGAUUUCCAGGCUGGGCAAACACUCUCUGAUACAGAAGGGCUGCCAUGUCCAUUUCUAUUUGGUAGAAUAUAGUCCCAAUUGAUAGUGUUGUCCCGAGGUCAUUUUUGAUGCUAGAAAAUACGCUUAAGGCUUGUCUUUGUAUAUCAUGAAGUCCAAACUUUGAGUCCUAAAAUCAUAUCUAAGCAGGUUACGUAAUUGGUUUUUACACAUAUCAUAUUUUUUUUUUCUUCAAAUUAGUUGAAACAAUGCUGCACUUUUUAAUAGUAUACGAUUGUCAAUUUCUGGAAGACCUUUAUGAAGAAUAGCAUUCAUUUUAAUCAGUACAUUAUUUGCUCACAAAUAGUAACAACUUUUAUACCCCUGUUUUGAAUAUAUAGUAACUGGAGCUACUUUAUAAACUGAUAGCAGUUAUAUGCAGCCCAGUAAACAGUUUUGUUGACUAUACUGUGUGCUGACCACACCUGUGAUCUUUUCAUCCUCACUCACUCCACAUGUACAAGUUGGACCAAACUGGCACAGCAAAGUAGGUAGGAAAACUGCUACUGUUUGUGUCUGAGCCAGGGGGCCUUCUAAUUGGUUUAUUUGUGUGAAUUGCCUCCGUUACAAGUCAUCCUGAGAAAUUAGUUGGUGCAUGAUAUUCUCUGCACCUUAAAGGUACAUUAUGAGCAUCAAAAUCAGUUCAGACAACUGUAAUUGUCCAUUUACUUGGCUGUAUUACAGGUAAAUUUGUUUGUUUUUUUUCUCCCCCCAACAGAGCCUUUUUAGUCAUACUUGUAUUCCAUAAGGCAUAUUGACACAUCGGCUGUGCAACUUGCUUAAGUGAGCUUGCUAAGAGGUGGCAUUUGCAGCAUCACAGUAUGAUUUAUUUUUUUAAUUUUUUUUUUUAAACGGGUUCUAGGAUCUAAGUGCAACCACAUUAUAGGGACCUUCUGGCACUUCUUUAUUUUUUCACGUAUUAGGUUAGAUUACUGCCAUCAGUCUCUAGAGAACUGCUGUAUUGUGCUAUGCAGUGUGGUUUAGAAUUACCUGCUGCUCAAAUCCUCCUAUUGUUUACUGAGAGGUGGCAUAUUGAACCUUCAAAAACCGUUUUGUCACCUGGAAUCUGUUAGCAUUUGAUCUAGCUCUGUGUGUGUUCAUUUUUUUUUUUUCCUUGUUUAUUAGUUAUGGAAAUCUUUUUAAAAAGUGGCGUAGAGAAUAACAUUUUUAUAAAACAUGUUAACAGGUGCAGUGAUUUUUCAGUUUCUUGGCCUUGCUGAGAAUAAUUCAAAUGUCCUUUUUGUUUUGUAAAAAGAAAAACGUCUUUGUGCAAUACCUCAGACUUUUUGGUUUUUUUCCCCCUCUUAAUUAAAGGGUUAAUGUUUGGUUCUAUGAGAUGCUGAAAUUGCUGUAUGCGGCAGCAGAAGCUCCACCUUUUUUUUAAUUUUUUUUUACGAGUUACGAGAUUCUUGGACAUUCUUCUCAUGUUAGGAAAGUAUAUACAAACAAAAAGAGAAUCUCCAGGCACUCAAGUUGUUCAAACCGCAGGCAGUUUUAAUCAGGCCUGUGCAUUUUUCAAUCACAGCGGCCCACUGAGAAAGAGGCGGGGCCAGGGAGGGUGACAAGCUCUCUAUGACAAGCCCGCCCCCUCUCAAAGUGAGCAUGUUAGUUUAAUGCACAGAGCAUUAGAAAAAGGCCCUGUAUGUGUUAUGCACAGUCAGUGCAAGCAAAUUUAAUAACAUGCUUGCACUGUUUGCGCUUUUAACUUGUCUCUGGUGUAUCCAUAAGUGGGAUACCAGUGGACAAAAGGGCCAGGAAAGUGUGUACGGUGCAUGUGUUUGGAGCCUGCUUGUGGGAUUGCGUGUGUGUUGAGUAAGCUGAUUGUGGUGUGGUAUUGUGUAAAUAGGUCAAUUUAAUUUGUGUUUGUGGUGUAAUGUUUGGCAAGGAGCUGUAGCGAGUGUGUAUAGGGGGCACAGUGUUACAGGGGUUGUAGCGAGUGUGUGCAUUUGGGUUGUAGUGUGUGUAGGGGUUGUAGAGAGUGUGUGUGUUUAGAGAAUAUAGUAUGUGUUUGCUUACAAGGAAUGUAGUGUGUGCAUAGGGGAUCCAGAGUUUGUAUGUCAGGAAUGUAGUGUGUGUAGGGGAUCUUGUGUGUAAAGGACCCAGAGUGUGUAGAGGAGAGAGUGUGUGUGUGUGUGUGUAUGUAGAGGAUUCGGAGUGUAUAUAGGGUAAGGGAUCUAGAAGGUAUCUGGAGCGUAAUGUGUGUAGUGGUGCUGUGGUAUAUAAUAUUGUAAAGUGCUACGGAAUCUGUUGGCGCUAUAUAAAUGGCGAUAAUAAUACUACUAUUAUGCAUGCAGCACCCUUCACACAUACACACAGCACACCCAACACACUGCUCCCUUCACACAUACAAUACGUCCAAACACAUACAUACAUAUAUAUUUGGACGUAUUGUAUGUGUGAAGGGCGCAGUGUGGUGUGUGUGUGUGUGUGUGUGUGUGUAUGUGUGAAGGGUGCAGCAUGUGUGUGAGGGUGUUAUCUACUGUCACAUUCUAUGUUUCUAAUUUUUUUUUUUUGUCUGUUAACUUACUGAGGGUUGUUUUAUAUAUUCUACAUACGUGUGUGCUGUGUGACUGAAGGUGCUGUGUGAGUGCUUUUAGUGUGUGUGUGUAUAUAGCAAAGUGUUUGUAUAAAUAUGUGUUUGUGUGUUUUUUCUUUUUUUUUUUUUUUUUUUUUUUAAAAAAACCCCAAAACUAUGUAUUCCCCCCCUCCCCCUCCCGUCUUACCUUUUUAUCCUGGAAGGGGGUGGGAAGCCGUGUUUCCAUGGAGGGUGUUGCCUUCCCUGGUGGUCCAGUGGUGAGCCUGCGAAAUCUGGUAACCACGGCAACGCUCAGACCUCGCUAGAGCUCCGCCGGUCCUCCCCUCCCUCCCUCCCUAGCCGGCGGCCGCAUCUCAGUGCCUCUGGGCCGUUGAGGGAGAUCUUUGAUCUCCCCAGCGGCCCAUGGAGGCACACUGCAGGGUCGGCACACGGAUAGCGCUGGCCCUGCAUGGGCUGGCCAGGGAGAUCCUGUGAUCUCCCUGCCGGCCACGGCCAUCGCGGCCCACGAGGCAUUUGCCCGGUAUGCCCGAUGGCCAGUCCGGGCCUGGUUUUAGAAGAACAGAAAAGAGCAGCAACGUUUUGACCUGCUAAGAGGUCUUUGUCAAGCUAACACCACAUCAUGUAUACAUCACCUAAAUUACUUUAGCUAAAUAAAGCAGUUUUAGUGUAUAGAUCAUUCCCCUGCAAUUUCACUGCUCAAUUCACUGUCAUUUAGGAGUUAAAUCACUUUGUUUCUGUUUAUGCAGCCUUAGCCACACCUCCUCUGGCUAUGAUUGACAGAGCCUGCAUGGGAAAAAAAACUGGUUUCACUUUCAAACAGAUGCAAUUUACCUUAAAUAAUUGUAUCUCAAUCUCUAAAUAGAACUUUAAUCACAUACAGGAGGCUCUUGCAGGGUCUAGCAAGCUAUUAACAUAGCAUGGGAUAAGAAAAUCUUAGUUAAACAGAACUUACAAUAAAGAAAUUCUAAAUAUGGCUCUCUUUUUACAGGAAGUGUUUUAUGGAAGGCUGUGCAAGUCAAGUGCAGGGAGGUGUGACUAGGGUUUAUAAACAAAGGGAUAUAACUCUAAAUGGCAGAGGAUUGAGCAGUGAGGCUGCAGGGGCAUGUUCUAUACACCAAAACUGCUUCAUUAAGCUAAAGUUGUUCAGGUGACUAUAGUGUCCCUUUAAGCAGUAAAAUAACAUUUGUUAAUGCAGCCUUAGCCACAACUCUCCUGUUUGUGAUCACAAAGCCUCCCUACACUCUCUAUUGAGCAGUGAGACUGCAGUGGUAUGAUCUGUCCACUAAAACUGCUUUGUUAAGCUAAAGUUAUUUUGGUGCUUAGAGUAUAUCUGUUCAAUGAGAACACUUACAUAGGAACUUUUUAUAUACCCUUGUGUUUAUUUAAAAUUAAAGAAAACAUCUUAUAUACUCAAAAGAUUUAUAGAAUAUAAAUGUUUUAUAUGCAUAUAUAUACCACACAUCUGUAAUGAACAACAUUUCAGCAACAUUUUUUUUAUUUAUUUUUUUAACCUUUUAUAUAUUUAAAUUAAACCAAGAGGGCUGCACUCACCUGAACAUGCAUUCAUUAUAGGGUGCUGCUGGGGCCAGGCUUAUGCAAUAUAUGAUCAUAUAAUGUAACUAAAACCCAUUAUUUUGCCUAGGUGAGGUGUUUUUCUUUGAAAUAUUUGGAACAAUUGUUUAGUGAAUAAGUGAGUGCGAUGGGUUGUCUAUUUUGUAUGUGUGUGUAGAAUAUAAUUUUUUUUAUUUUUUAUUUUUUUUUGUGCGUAAGAUCCUGGAAAAUGUUUUGCUUUUUUUGCAGAAGCAACCAUUCCAACGUUAUACAUAUAGUAGGUGGAGCAUUCACAACAUAUAUCUGUUGAAAAACAUUAUGCAAAAAUAGAAUUGUACAGAUUGUAUUGCACCAUCUAUAGAUGGUGGUUUUUGAGGAUUUCACUCAGGUGUUUUUUAGAGCAUUUACGAGUAUCCCAUACCCAUAACUGUGCACUUUAUUUAUUGUGGUUAUAAGCAUUCCAAAGUCCAUAGAAUAAAACAUAUUGUAUACACAGCAACAUUUAACUUGGCGGAUUGCCAUAAUUUAUAUUUGAUGCAAAACUAGCAAUUUGUCUUUUAUGUGGAUUAUAAUAUUCUAGAACAGGGCUUGUCAAAUUUGCUUGGAUUCUAGGAGCCAGCAAAUAGUUAGGAGCCAGGCGUUUUCAAUAUAAAAUAUGCAAUUCUUAAAGGGAUGCUAUAGUCACCAGAACCACUAAAACAAGUUCUUGUGUCCAUAACCUGUCCCUGCACACUUUUAAAUGUAAACCCUGCCUUUUUAGAGAAAAGGCUAUAUUUACAUUGUUGCUUAGUUCUAGAAUAUUGGCACAAUAUUUUAAUUAAUUUCUAUGUAGGGCAGAGCUUAUUAGUUAAAAGAACACGUAAGAAAAAUUGUAAGCUAUUAUUAGAGUGGUCUCUGGGUUAUUUAGAUUUUAAGGUCGUCCACUGUAUAAAUUUAAAUAGUUUUUACUUCCAGUCUCUCUGUGGCUGCUGCUUCUCUCCUGGCUAAGAUCGUCAUUACGGAUGAUCUCAGCUAAUAUACACUAUUGCGCAUGCCCUCCAGUUGAUGCCAUGCUACGUUAAUCAGCAUCUCCCCACAGAGAUGCAUUAGCUCACUACAUCUGUAUUUGUGCAGAGCCAAACCUGUGUCCUGCAAAGAUUGAAGGCCAGUAAGGCCUGUGUUCAAACGUCCAUUAUUAUUAUUUAUAUAGCACAAUCAGAUUCCAUAGUGCAGUAAAAUGGGUGGACUAACAGACAUGUAAUUGUAACCAGACAACGGGACGCACAGGAACAGAGGUGGAGGGCCUUGCUCAAUGAGCUUACAUUCUAGAGGGAGUGGGGUAUAGUGACACAAAGGAUAAAAGUAGGGGUAUGAAGUAGGUUGUUAGAAAAGUAUUCACUACUUAGUAGGUCAUUUUUGACAGUUGCAGGAGAGGAGUCAUGGGGUGUGGGGGAUAAAAACCUGCUAACAAUUUAAUUGAUAUGCUUUCUUGAAGUGAGUUUUCAAUACAUUUUUGAAUGAGUGGAGACUGGGGUGAAAGUCUUACGGAGAAGGGAAGGGAGUGCAGCUCUGGAGAAAUCUUGGAGGCGAGCGUCAGAGGUGGGAGUAUGGACAGAGGAUAGACGUAGGUCUUUGGCAGAGCGCAGGGGCCAAGACGGGACAUACUUGUGUAUUAGGGAGGAUUGGUAGGUUGGAGCAGUAUUAUGUAGGGACUUGUAAGCAAGCACCAGCAUUUUAAAUUGAGCCCUAUAUCUAACUGGAAGCCAAUGCAGGGAUUGGCAGAGCGGGGAGGUGUGCAAGGUGCGAGCAGACAGAAAAAUGAGCCUCGCUGCCGCAUUCAUUAUAGAUUGCAGAGGUGCAGUCGUAAGACCCCUGAGAAGGGGAUUGCAGUAGUCAAGGCGAGAGAGAACAAAAGCAUGGACCAGCACCUUAGCUGCAUCUGGCGUUAAAUAGGGGCGGAUGUGCGCUAUGUUCUUGAGAUGGAAGCGACAGGAUUUGGCGAUUGAUUGGACAUGAGGGGUGAGGAGAGGUUGGAGUCAAAAAGAACACCCAGGCAGCGAGCCUGCGAGGUGAUGGUAGCGCUGUUGACUUGGAGGGAGACAGACACGGGAGUACUAAAAUGUGAGGGUGGAAAGACCAGAAGGUUUUUGUUUUGGACAGGUUGAGUUUAAGGAAGGGAGAAGCCAUCCAGUUUGAAAUUGCAGAGGCAGUCAGAGACACUAGUCAAGAUGGGCGGAGAGAGAUAAGAAGAGGACAGGUAGAUUUGCGUGUCAUCUGCAUGGAAAUGAUAACGGAAGCCAAAGGAGCUAAAGAGUUUACCAAGGGAGGCAGUAUAGAUAGAGAACAGUCGGGGACCAAGGACAGAACUUGGGGGACGCCAACAGAGAAUGGUGGGGGGAAGAGGCAGAGUCAGAGGAACAUAGAAAGGGCACUGGGAGAGGUAGGAGGAGCACCAGGAGAAAGCAGUAUCCCGUAAACCAAAAUUACAGAGAAUGUGAAGAAGCUGUUGAUGAUCAACAGUGUCAAAGGCAGCAGAAAGAUCAAGGAGAAUUAGGAUAGUGUAAUGGCCGCGAGAUUUAGCAGCAUUUAAAUUGUUGGAUACUUUGGUCACAGCCGUUUCGACAGAAUGACCAGCACGGAAUCCAGACUGAAGGGGGUCAAGCAGAGAGUUAGAUUCGAGGAGGUCUGUCAAUCUGGUGUACACAACUCUCUUGAGGAUCUUGGAGGCAAAUGGCGGUAGUUGGAUGGGGAGUUGGGGUCAAGGUUGGGCUUUUUCAGAAUCGGGGUUACAGUUGCAUGUUUGAAGGGUGAGGGAAAUGUACCAGAGGAAAGGGAGAGAUUGAAAAGUUUAGGAAGAGGGAGACAAAGUGCGGAUGAGAUACGAGGGAAUAGGAUCGAGUGAACAGGUGGUGGGGCGGGAGGACUGGAGCAGAGCAGAAACCUUUUCUGCUGUAGCAGGUGCAAAUUAGUGUAGAAUGGUAGAGGGAGUGGGGUUGGGUGAUAUAUUGGUAGGGUAAGGAGAUACAUUGGAGAUCUCUUCUCUGAUUGUAGAGAUCUUCUCAGUGAAGUGAGAUGCAAAGUUUGUAGCGGACAAGGUGGUAGAAGGAGGGGGGAGUAAAAGGGGCAAAGAAGAGCAUGAAAAGAGUGAAAUAGGUGUUUGGGUUGAUAGGACAGUGUACAUAUGAGGGUGUUAAAGUAAUUUACCUUUGCAGCGGAAAAAGCCAGGCUGUAGGAGCACAGCAAAAAUGUACUUCUAUUCACCCUACACCAUAAUAGGUUACUCUUGGCUACUGUUGGGAGUUUCUAUCCUUGAAGGAAAUUUUGUGAAUUGGGUAUCAGAUGUUACCUUCUAGUGACAAUACCACAAAAGUUUUAUUCUCCUAUUUGAGCACUGUAGAACUAUGUUUUCUAUGGAAAUGGUCUCAGGAAGUAAUUUCACUUGUACAUGUGCAUUGGGGUAAAAAACACAAUUGGAGUUUCUUUUCCCAAUAUUGAUUAAUGCUGGACAUUUAUUAAAUUUCUGUUUGGCAGCUUUAGACACGCUCAUAGCUGAUUAGUAUGUGAAUCUAUAAACCAAAAAAUAGUUGAAUGGCCAGAAAUGCACUUCUAGGAGCAACAGUAGCUCAACUGUGAAAUGGUAGGUAUUUGUCAGCUAUUGGCACAGGAAACCUUUGCACAAGAACUGUUUUUCUUAACGUAAAUAUGGCUGCUUGGUCAUAGAAACCUAAACCGUAAUUGGGCUAACAAUGUAAUACAUAGAAACUUAAAUAGUAAUUGUGCUUUGCCAAAAACGUGUAUGUAUUAAAAUACACAAGUGGAGCAACUACAGCCUGAAGUGUCCCUGUUAGAUGUCUCCUCGCUGGAAGAGCAUAGCUUUAACCAAUUUUAUUUUAAGUUAGUUUUUUAUUUUGAGGUCUUCUCUAGUGUAUAACUGAGAGCAAUCAUGUAAUGUUUGUGUUACUGUUCAAGUUCACAGCAGGACUUCAUAUGUUGUAUGCAAUCUCCUCACCCUUUAGAAAAUAAAAAUAGACCAUUUGGGGAUCAUACCGAAAACUUCCAACUAGACACGCAGGCAGAAUUCCUGUGGUCGUGUUUUAUUUAAAAAAAAAAUAUUUUUCUUUUGUUUGUGUGUGUGUGUGUGUGUGUGUGUGUGUGUGUGUGUGUGUAUAUGUAUGUAUGUAUAUAUAUGUGUAUAUAUAUGUGAUAGAGAUAUAUAUAUAUAUAUAUAUAUAUAUAUAUAUUUGUAGCCAAUGUUAUUGACUACUAUAUGCUUAUUCUGCUGGGAUGGAGUCUGCUUCUAGGGAUAUAUUUGUAAACACCACAUCAAAGUUCAAUUUCUUUGCUAAUGUUGGAGCUGCACUGAAACAAUUAUCAUUGGGACAUUCAGUGGUCCAGACAUGCAUAUUACACCAUGACAUCAUGUUAGAUGAUUGCAGUCUCUUACACAUAGAAUACUUGAUUAAAAUGAAAUGGCCUUUGUAGGAUAAAAUCUUAUAUAAUUCUAACACACAUGAAACAAGAGGAUUUUAAAUUUUGAGAUAUAUAUAUAUAUAUAUAUAUAUAUAUAUAUAUAUAUAUAUAUAUAUAUAUAUAACUUAGGAACACUUUUUUCCAUUUCUACCCAGCACGGCAGCAUCUGAAUUAAUAUUUAAUACAGGCUUCCCUGGUGCUAUUGAUAAUACAAUGUAUUCUGUAGCACUUUAUGCAUUGAAUUCAGACUUCAUCUUAAAGGGACACUAGGCACCAGAACAAUACAAUUAAAAUGCUUAAAGGACCACUAUAGUGCCAGGAAAACAUACUCGUUUUCCUGGCACUAUAGUGCCCUGAGGGUGCUCCCGCCGGGCUACCCCAUACCUCUUUCUCCAGCGCCGGACGGGCGACUCUCCUCCUCCUCCUCCGCGGCUGAAUGCGCAUGUGCGUCAAGAGCCGCGUGUGCAUUCAGCCAGUCUCAUAGGAAAGCAUUCACAAUGCUUUCCUAUGGACGCUGGCGUCUUCUCACUGUGAUUUUCACAGUGAGAAGCGCAUCUAGCGGCUGUCAAUGAGACAGCCACUAGAGGCUGGAUUAACCCAUAGGUAAACAUAGCAGUUUCUCUGAAACUGCUAUGUUUAUAGAAAAAAGGGUUAAACCUAGCUGGACCAGGCACCCAGACCACUUCAUUAAGCUGAAGUGGUCUGGGUGCCUAUAGUGGUCCUUUAAUGUAGUGUUUCUAGGGCAAACAAUGCCUUUACUAAGAAAAGGCAGUUUUAGCUUUGCUGCCUGUGUCCAGAUCCUUAAUGAAUGUACUCUCUUUAAACACAAGUCCCUGGAUACAAUAGAUUUUAGUUUUUUCUUGCUAGUUUUGGCAUUAGAUCUAGAGGGGAUCUAAUUUGGAUCACACCUAGAAACAAAUAGUCCUCAGCAGAAAGGACCAGAUGUACUUAUAGACAAAGUAGGUAACUAUCUUCUAAAGGCACCUUUACUACAAGUGCUCAUGUUUCCCCCUUUUUACAUCUAUUUUGACAUGGUUUUUUUAUGUUGCUACUUUGUAAUUAAAUAUUGUUUUAUUAUACUUAUUUAAAUGGCUUUGAAUAUUGUUGGUUUAAAUUUUUUAUAUACUUUUUAAAAUAUAUAUAUUUUACGUUUGUGAGGGUAAGAAGGAGAUAUGUAUUUAAAUUUUUUUUUUUUCUCUUUAGGACGACAUUUUCCAAAACGCUCCAGACAUAUGCUUGUUGUGGAAACAAAGUUUGACGGUGAGCAGCUAUCAACAGAUCCCGUACCACACUUAAAUCAGCCACAGUUUGCUACAGAGCUCGCUUGGGAGCUAGACAGAAAAGCACUUCAUCAACAUAGGUACAAGUCUGCUUUUCCUCUGGCAGGUUCUUUCAGUCUUCUGUAAAGGAACCACCACUACAUGCAUGUGGGGUUGUGCUUUUAACUUUUUCUUGAACCAUAAACUUGGAGCAGUCACAGUGCAGCAAUUCACACAUUUUCUAAAGAGUGGAACUGCUGCUCAGUAGUAAACUGCGUGUCUGAAAAAACCUACUGAGUGGUUUUAUGGUAUAUGCUUAGCCUAUUCUUCGAAAGUAAUAGGGCAACAAUUAUUUGCUCAAUUGUUGCUCCCCUGCUUCUUAGUGUAGAGAUCUGGAAGCUAGAAACCUGUAAGUAAGUAAGUAAGUGAGUGUGUGUGUGUGUGUGUCUCUACGUGAAUUUCACAGGCUUUUCUCUCAGGUAAUAUUUGACACAAACAUGAGCAUGUCUUUCUAAAGUGCUGAAUCAGCAUGUUUACUAAACCACUCUUUGCACCAUAGACACCUCUUUCGUAAGGGAGGGAAAAUAAAAUUUUUACUAAACUACAUUUUUGGAGCAGGAGCAAUGUUUUAUUCUGCUAAACAAUGACCAGAUGUUUAUAAAAGUAGAGGAUAGCAGUAAUUCUUUCCAUAAUGUGGGCUAUAUCUCAUCUUUCACCUUCUCGUAAUGAGUGUGGAAGAGAAAAUAAUAGUUAUUCAUUUUAAUGCAGCUUAUUCUGCAAUUCAGUUCCUAUUUCACUAUUUGCUAAUUGUUUUGAUUUAUUACCCUUGAUGAGAUUUGGUAAAAUAAUUUCAGAAAGUAAACCACUAGUGUGUUGCCGUUCUUUUAAACUGUAGAUUUUGCUUUGUGUGUGCGUUGGGGGUGUAAACAAUGUAGUUUAGAAGUCAGCUAAGGUUAUCUUAACAAACAGUCUUUGUUGUAUGUUCUUUAUUUUCUUUUAAUAGACUUCAACGAACUCCCAUCAAACUCCAGUGCUACGCCCUGGAUACAUUGACUUCUGCUAAAGAGUCUGUUGGCUAUGUGAUACUAGACUUAAGAGCUGCUCAAGAGACAAAACAAGUAAUCUUAAUUUUACUAUUGAUCUGACUUGCAAACAUAACUUUUUCAUACUUUGUAAUGUUAAAAUCAGAUGUUAUUCUGGUAAUCAGAGAUAAGGAUUCUUCCUAUUAUGAUUAUUAUGCAUUAUACAAUGCAUAUCAGUGUGAGGGAAAGCAAAAACCUUCUAUAUUGUUCAUGCAGGGUGUGUACGCUUUACACAUCAUAAAGACAAAAUUGACAUUGGUUGCCUAAUUGAGAGCAGUAGCAUGCUUUAUACAAAGCGCUGCCACCAAGUCCCUCUCUGAAAUGAGUAGGCUCAAGAUACCAUAUGCACUUUGCAGUAAUGUAAAGUGCUUAUGGUGUCUCGACUGGCCCUUUUAACCUUUUUGAAGUUUCCAUUAACUUUUGACAACUGUGCUCAGAAGUUCGCACAAUUAGUUGAAGCACUCAAAGAUGCUUUUAGAGUAAUUUACACUAGUCUCGGCAAAAAACGCUCGUAUUUCUGGGGAAUCUUGACAAAUUUAGCUUCCACGCUGGCUCCUAUAUGUAAUUUCUGUAUACUUCAUUUAGAAACCCUCCUUUUAUUCCAAGUAUUGCAGCUGUUUAGAAUUCUUAGUACCUCCUUAGUGGCUUCUGAUAUUUGUACGUAGUGGUGCACGUUUACAAUAUACUCCUAGAGUGGCUGCAUUAUUCUUGGAUCAUACUCCCUGACUUUUUUAAAAGCAGGUGAGUGUGCUUACUCUUAAAUCAGUCUUACAGGGUUAUUUACCAACUCCCAACUGUAGCAAAUCUAAAUUGUAAACUUUAGGUCAAAAUAGAAGAUUUGGAAAUAUUAUUAAAACUCUGUUGUAGUCACUGUUUGGCUGUUUUGACCUAUUUUGCUCUUCAGAUUUUAAUAUGGUACAAUUCAGAGUUUAGUGAAUAAAACAUCUUGAUGAACACUUGACAAGCUUAUUGCUCCAGCGAGCUUGUCAGUCAUUUUAUGAGACAGCCAUCAACCUGCCAGGCUGUAAUUUGUGUGAGCCAUUCUAAAGAGGGGGCAUUAUCUGUGUACUAAGCACUGCAAGCAGCAACAUGGUGAAAACUACCACAGUACACCAGAACACGGGAUCUCUAAGUAAUGCUGAAGAGUCUUCAUGCACACAGUUCUUUUACUCUGCUGGUGGGUGGUUUUCGGAAAUGUAUCAUUACAUUUGUAUGUUUCUUUGAGCAUGCACUUUACUGUAUAAUGGGCCUCACUGAAGAAUAACAUUGAGAAUCAAGUACUUGGUUAAAUAAAUGACUGUUAUAAUUAUGCAUAUUAUCCAUGAUUCCAAACCUACAUGUUCUAAUGCCUAAGAUUGUAAAUUUUAUACAUUGUUAUCUCUCUGAUUACAGGCACCAAAAUGGCAUUCUUUAUUAAGCAGUAAAUAUACAAAAUUGAAACCUGAAAUACAACUCUGUGUUACAUUGGAAGCAGACACCAAACCGGCUGUGGAGGGAUUUAAAGCAAAGGAAGCUCCUCCAAGAAGUAUUAAAUGUAUGAUAUUUUAUCGGGUCGAGGUGGUGGUGGUGGUUUCAUUGAGGCAUUCACUAACUCUGGGCAGCAAUGACAGGCUUAGAACACUGGAUUAAUAUGCCCACGGUGUUAUCAGCUUAUCAUUUUUAGAAUUAGAUUUACUUUUAAUAGCUGCAUAGAUGAGUCCCCCUUUUUUUUUGUGUGUGUGUGUUCUAGAGUGCAAAUAAAAAAAAAAUUAAAUAAUGUUGAACUAUUCAAAAUAUAAAUUUUCAUCUUAUUAAAUUUCCUGUAGUGCCCAGAGAAAUGUCUGGUAUAGAUCCAAAGAGUCUUGUUGCUAUCCUGAAUGAAACAGAGGGAUAUCAUCAGAUUGGACCAGCUGACUACUGUAGGGACUACUUUGUACUUUCUGUAACAGUGGCUUUUGCGACACAGUUAGAACAGGUAAACUUAUUGUUAUUCUUGGAUGAUUGGCAACUUUGUUUUCUAUAUUUGCUAUUGUAAUGUUUUUACAACAUUUAAUUUGUUGAUAUGGAUACAUGUGUUUCAAACUCUAUAUCCAAGGUUGGAACCUGGGCAUCGAAAUAUCAAUUAGCGGCAUUUGUUUCAGGUAGUACUGUGUACUCAUUCCAGCAUGUCCUGUCUAAUACUUCUUGUGUUUUUACUGUGUUUGGCUGCUGUAUUAAGCAGUGUUUAGACCUUCAGAGUUUUUUUUAAUUUUUAAUUUUAUUUUUUAUAAAACAGAUUUCUUCGUUCUGAAAAUAGAAAUUGGAUUAGUUUAUCAGUUACUUCAUGUUCCAGAACGUUUGAAAAAUACCUGAAAAGCAGAAUGAGGGAUGGGCCCAUAGAUUAAAUGUAAUCGAUGUAGUCAAAAUGAAAAUAACAAAGUGUAAACUUCAUUAAAGAGAGGAUAGUGUUUUUUUGUUUUUGUUUUUUUAGGGAGAAAAAAAAAGAAUCAUUGAAAACCCAUACAAUAAGUUAUUCCAAUACAGGGGUAUUCUAAGAGACAAAAAUAAAAGAAAUAAAAACUUACUAGAUGUCAAGGAAUUAGAAAAUAAAUGUUUAAGAACUCACAACGAAUUUACCAUAACGGGCACUCAAAGCACAAAAAGAGCUUUAGCUUAAUUAAGUGGUUUUGGUCUAUAGAUUAUGACUCUGCAGUAUCAUUUCUUAAUUUCCUGUCAUUUUGGAGUUAAAUUAGUUUAUUUUUGGAGCCUUAGCCACAUCUCCCCCGCCUGUGACUUACACACUUUAAAUUCUUAGCUUCCCUUGUUGCACAUAGUGUUCAAUUUAUAAUUUCUCAUCUCCUGCUCUGUUAAUUGCCUGCUAGAGCAAGCAGUAGUCUCCUAUGUUUGAUUAAAGUUUGUUGAACAGGAGGGCGGGCCUGACUGCCAUGCCUGCAAGACCUGUUUGUUGAGAGCUCUGGGCAACUACAGACAAAAUCAAGGUUCUUGGGGUCAUUACUGGACAUUAAUGCACCCUAAAUUGACAUAGAAGCUACACUAGCUUGGGUUCGACCCACCUACCAGCGAUUGAGUGGUGUACACUAAUUUGGAGGGAGCUCCGAGCGUUUUGUGACCUUGUGUGCCCCGAGAAAGGAAAAAUGGGAGCAGCCUGAGCGGAGUCCAUUGCUGGCUGGUGCCCUGUUUCCCACCCCACCCUUUGAAAUGGUAGGGGUGAUCCCAGUCCACACCCUAGAGGUCCCUUUGGAAAGCUAAGGGCGUGCGGCACAAAUGUUAAGGUGACACCACAAGACAAGCACAAUGGUGGCUGUCGUGUGCUCUUUCAACCUCAACAGUGGAGAGUGAUAUCGGCUAACCAGGAUUUUUGAAGCUUUUGGGAGAAGCUGGCGGAUUGUGUGUAAAUCGCGGCCCAUGCUGCACAGACUAUGGCUCCUCUGGGUCUUUCAUUCAAGACGGAGCAGUGGGAAGAUUGCUGGAUUUAUACAGACUGCACAAGACUGUCACACCAAUGGUAUGUUGGAGUGGUGGAGAGUGUGAGCAACCAUUCAUCACUCCUCAACUCAAAAAGGCCAUACUCUACUAUAACUGAGGCGUGAAAAAAGCAGCCGUUCGGCCUACUUCCAUUUCUCUGCCGUCUGCUACAUUGACCUUCAAAUGGGACAUUUUACCUGAUGACUACUUCACCACAGGGACCACUGCACCACAGCAAGUGGCUACAGGCUACACCAGAGGGGUGUAGGUUAAUGAGACUAUGACUCCUGAUGGCAGACUUGCCACAGUCCCGAUGCUUUCAUGUCCUGUAAUGUUUGUUUUAAGCCACUCCUUUUUUUUUUUUUUUUUUUUUUUUUGCUUCCCUCCAUCUACUACAUUGCUUACUUGGGGUCUUGUUUACCAACUGUCUAUUGUGGGGGUCUCAUUGAGUGUACAACCAAUUUUUAUAUUAGUUUUAAACAGUCAAAAUAAACAAAUUUUGCCUUUUUAAACAUCCACUGGAAAUGUUAUGAUCUACCUUCUUUCUUUGUCACAGUUUCUAUGCAUUGUGUAAAUCUUCAUCUUUACUCUAAAAAAAUUUGUUUUUUGUACUGUUUGCUGGAUUACCUAUAUGGUUUAUUAUCUUGAGUAUGUAUAAUAUCGAUGCACGUCAAAAAUACUAAAAUUGCCACAACAACUAAAAGUUCACUGAACAGAAUGGUAGGUAAGCAUUUAUAACUUAUUAUAAGUUUAGUAUCAUUUUUAUUUUUUAUUUUUUUUAAUAUAUAUAUUAUUGUGGGAGUCUGUAAAUGACCACUCCACACACUUAAAUACCAUGUUGGUUGUCGAGUUUUCUUUGCGUUUGAUUAUUGAUAGAAAUUAUAGAAUGGUGGUUUUAUUGACACCUACAAGAUAUCUCAGUUAGAAGGAACUUUCCUGUUGUGGGCAUAGAUUACGUGACUUUAUCUCCACGUGAUAAGUGAUACAUUUGUGUACUUUGUACACAUUUCAUAAAAGUAUAUUUAUAUUGUAAUUAUUAUCCUUAUGUUUUGUCUGAUUUGGGAUUGUGUUUUGUCAUUUUGUUUUCCAGUUAAUUCCAAGUAAUUUAAGGCUUCCAGAACCACAACCAGAUUUUUUCUUCUAUUACUCUUUGUUGGGAAAUGACGUAACAAAUGAACCAUUCACUGAUUUAAUCAAUCCAAACUUUGAGCCUGAGAGAGCAUCUGUUAGAAUACGGAGCAGUUUAGAAGUGCUUACCAUGUAUCUCUCUGUUCAGCCUAAUCUUCAGGUAAGAAGCUUGUGAAAUAUGGUAUUAUUGAUGUUUAUAUGCAAUGGCCAUCUUCAGUUUUCAUGUUGUAAUCUUAUGUUAACCAAUAAUGGUGCAUCCUCCAACAUUUUAUUUUUUUAAGGGAUUUUAGCAACUUCAAUAAUCUAAGCUUCUAAAAGCUGAAGAUUCCUUGUCUGCAGCCUUUGCAAACCCUCUCCUUUUUCCCCAACACAGACUGAAAAAGUGAAGCGCUGCAGAAUACUCAAUCAGUAGCUUCUCUUUGAGAAGCCUGUGUGAUGAAGCAGUAGGCACGCGAUUGCAGGAUAUGACCCGCUCCAUUCACAAAUCACUUCAAGUUGAAGUCCCUUAAAAUUGGCAUAGUUAUGGGGUGCUAGUGACCAAGAGAACUUAAAGAUGGUUGUCCCACAGAGCAAGGUUAUGCCAUAAGAUGCCUUGUAAAGUGUUAUUUACUUGUAUAUGCAAUGCAAAAUAAAAAGCACAGAUGCUAUAGUACAUGCAAUCUUUUAUUUUUAGUAAUGAUUAAAAUCUGGAAACGUGUUUACUUUAAUGUUGACAUACACAACCGUGCAUUAUUUGAGCUUGCCCCUUUCUUAAGCAGGCGUAAACCAGGUAGAAUUUAACAGUUGGCAUAGUAAGACAGAAAUUAAGUUAAAAAUUAUUUAGGGUUCACUAUAGUCACCAGAAAAACUACAGUUUAAUGUAGCUAUUCUGGUUGUCUACAGCCUGUCUCUGCUGGCUUUUUAAUGUAAAUAUUGCAUUUUCAGAGAAAAAAUGCCUAGGAACAUCUCUAGUGGCAGUCACUCAAAUGGCAAAAAGCAUUGGCUUGGCUGAGAUCGUCCAAUUUGAUGAUGGCCAAGGAGGUGGAACUGUGCCAAGACCAGCACGGUGCUGGAAAAAGUUGUUUGACAUCUUUUUAACUGGGAGCAUAGGGGGCUGGACACCUAAGCAUCACAUUUAGAACUAUAGUGCCAGGAACACUUUAGUGUUCUUUUUUAAUUGCAUUGAUUUUAUGAAUCCCUAAUACAUUGUUCCUUGAAAGACACUUUAGAACACUACAUUUGAUUGUUGUAUAUUUAAUUUGUUUGUUUUAUUUAGAUACAUCUUUGUUGCGGUGAUCAGUCUCUUGGAAGUACAGAUAUAUCUUUAACUGGAUUGCUGAAGAGAGCCAGCACAGAAAUAGAGCACCACCCAGUGGUUAUUGAAGGUGCUUUCAUUCUCAAGCCACCUAAUCGUGCAAAACAAAACCUGCCAUCCAUGCAAGUAGAAAUUUCACCUACCGUUGGAGUCUCAGUCGCUCUCCAGAAGGAAGUUCUACAGCAGGUGACCUUGCAAUGGGUAUUGUUAUUAUAUGGCUAGAUAAUCUCUAGGUCACGUGUUUAUUUAUUAUAAAAUACAUUGUAAUAAAAAGAUAUUUAAAAAAAAAAAAAAAAGCAAUUUGUAUUUUAAUAUUGAAAUAAAACAAAUACUAUCUUGAGCAGUAUUAUGCAAGACUAAACAGUAAGUUGUACGCAUAGAAAAUAAGAUUCUCAAACAAAAACCUGUUCAAAUGAAAGCUCGGUCAAAUGAAAUGUAUUUUUUUGCAUAUGAAGUGUUCUUUCACAGUAAUCUCUAAUAUGGUUUAAUUUAACUUGGCUUCUUUCCCCUUCAUUCUGGUCUGAUUCUUUAUUAUUAUGUUUAGACUGUACAUGAGCAGAAAGACGAUAUUGAAAAAAAUGGUACGGAAAAGAUUGUAUCGACUGCACCUCCAAAGUCUCCAGUUUCAAAUGAAGGUCCAAGUGUCUUCCCAACUAAACCUGCACUGUUUGGUGAUUCUCCCCCAACAAAAGACAAUGCCACAGAAAGUGAAAUUGAAAGUUUAAAAUCAGAUCAAGACUUGCAGGUGGCGCUUGCAUCUUCUAAACAAGUCACUUCAAAGUCUCCGGUACCAUCAGAUUGCCUUGCUUCAGGUAAUAGAUUGUGUUUAGACGUAAUGCUUAUGUGGGUUUUUUUUUUUUUUCUUCCAUGGCCCAGGCUCUUAAAUAUUCAGGUGAAACACUUUGUAGAACAUCUCCAAAAUAAGAAGCUCAAUAUGGGAGGAUAAAAAGUCUGUAAAGAUUUUUUUAUUUUUUUAUUUUAUUUUUUAUAUUAAAGUCAAAUGCUGUAGUGAGAAGAAUAGUGUUGGCACUAAAACUCAAAUUUUGUCAUGUAUUCAUUAGUAAAUAUUUGUGGAUUUAUUUUUGUCUCAUUCAAAGAGAUAGAUAUAUAGAUAUAUAUUUAUAUAUAUAUAUAUAUAUAUUUAUAUUAUUUAUUAUUUUGUUUUUUUUAGGUGACCAUAGUCAGCGUCCUGCUACUCAGACAAACUCACAGCUUUCUAGGUCUGCUUCUGAGUCUACUUCAGGACAGAAAAUCGCAGUACCACCCGCAGCACAUCACUUCUGUUUCUCAAUAGACUUAAGAAGUAUCCUCAACACUGAUGUCUCCUUUCCUAUUAACUGUAUGCUGAGGUAUUUUGGCUUUCUUUAAAUAUUUCAACAAUUCAAUUUGUAUGGCUGUUUAGUUAAGAUAAAAAAAAAAGGUGUGGGAAAGAAAAGGGCACUGUAAUCCGUCAGUCACAUUCCAGAUAACAUACUCAUGCAGCUUACAGCUAACCAAGCAUGCACUGUAACUGGCUGACAAAAUCCAAUUCCGAUCACAAUGGCAAUUCUCAUGUUUACUAAAGCCAAAUAUGGUCGGUAGUUUGGUCUAGUUGAGCGAAUCACUUGGAUACAUUCGGUGUAUGGAUUUAAAUCCAUGCCUUCGCAACGAACCCUAUAUUAAGUAUAGAUAAGAAGAUACUCAAAGCAUCAAUAUUAAUAAAAUUUAGAACUCAGUUUUUUUUUUUUUUUGCAUGUGAAUUGAUAAUUUGGGGUAUUAUUUGCCCGCUACUUGGGCUUAAAACCCUAGCUAGUACAAUGAUGAGAUAGUUGUCAGUCGACCUUCACUUAAAAUAAUAAAAUAAAUAAUAAAUUAAUUAAACAAAAAAAAAAGCUGUCACUAAAACCCCCAUAUUACAUUAAGGAAGCUUUUAUUUACUAAAUCUUUAAAACUAGCAUCUUGGCAGUUAUUCAUGACCAGACACUUGUAAAAUAUUAUGGGUGAGGGCAGACCUAGUCCUUCACACCUGAUGACAUCUGGUGGGGGCUACUAAAUUAAAACCACUGGGAAACCUAAUGCUCCCACCCAUUAUCGGUGAGUGGUGACUUUUAAUAUGUGGGGGAGCCCCUACAAGGACUUCAAGUAACACAAGGUUAUGGGGGUGGACAUACAAUUGUUCUUCUUCUCCCGCCUUCAGGGUGGCAAAAGGUCCCCAAUUCACUAGCCACACUAAUUUUUUAAAUAAAUUGAAACCUACCCUUACACCCUAAUAAUAGUGAGGUGGGGGGGCAUUAGAGUUUUUUUUUUUUUCACAGGUAUUAGUUUAACAUUCCAUCUGAAGUCGUCGUUUUUUUUUUGUUUUUGUUUUUUGUUUUUUGUAAAUGCACAAUCAUGCAGAAAACCAAAAGAGAAAAAUUCCAAACAGCAAUGCAAAAAAACUAAAUCCGCCUUUGCUCUGUGACGAAUGAUGCUUAAACGUUUAAAAAUCCUUUUAUGAAGGCUUUUUGCUUGCUUUGGAUUCUUAUUCAAGCAUUCUGAUUUGGUUUUAUGAAGAUUUUGUAGCUUUGAAGCCUCACUGUGUGAGGAUCCCUCACAGAACUAAGAUGGAUUUAAUUGUUUGCCUUGCAUUUUUAAUUUUGAGAAAUAUAUUUUGUACUACAACAUGAUUUUGUAAUGGUACUAGUUUUGUCUGUGUGUGAGUUAAACUUUAGACAUAGACCAUGUUUAAAUUGUUUAAAAGACUGAAAUUUAGAGAGAGCUAUGGAAAAGUGGUAAUUUCUGUUUGCCUUUUCUGAUAUGCGUUUAUGAAUUUCUCUUUUCCGACAGGUACUCUUACCCAUUUUUUGGCAGUGCAGCACCCAUCAUGACUAACCCUCCAGUGGAAGUCCGGAAGAACAUGCAGGUUUUUCUCCCUCAAUCUUACUGCGCAUUUGAUUUUGCUGCUUUGCCCAAUCAACUUCAGGAUACCUUUUCCAGGUAUGAUCUAUCAGCAGAAGUAUAAACAACUAACCAGCAUACCCAGGGGGAAUACACACAUUUUUAGACUUAUUUAUAUCUGAAUUUAUUUUUGUGUAUGUAUUCUUGACAUUAUGCCAGUUUUUUUUUUUUUUUAAAUAAAGCAUUUUGUUGUUUUUGGAAAUGUAGUAACUGUGAAACUGAUGUUAUUUCUUUUUCUGCUUCAGCUUACCAUUGCUGGUUGAAGUGUGGCACAAGGAUAAAAUGGCAAAAGACAUUCUGCUGGGUGUAGUGAGGCUUCAACUUUCAAAUGUUUUAACAUCCGAGAGAACAAGCUUUUUAUCACCACAUGGGGACCAAUGCUGGCGGCAAACCUUUAGUGACAUGACACCUGUUAUAGCUUCAGAAGGGUGAGACUUGUAGAUCACACACGCACAAAUUUAUGUUUAAAACUCCUAAUAAUUUAAGUAUUUACAUUGAAUUAACUACAUCCAUAAUCCCUACAAUAAUGGAUAAAAACGUUUGUGUCAUUCUGACAAACGUUAAAAAAAAAAAAAAAAAGUUACCAUAUGUUUGUGCAAUAUGUCUGCAGCAUAGCUUAUUCUGGACACAGGGAUAGAUUAGGUGCUUUGAAACAUACAGAAUGUGUAUAAUGUAUUGGGAGGCCUCCCCCCUCCUAGUUACCAUCCAGGAAACGGGAUAUGCUUUUGCACCAGCAUGUUACUGCUGCCAUGCAAAGUUUAUGGAUUUCCUGAGUCUGAAAUCUGAUGAGAUGCCAUAUCCCUGCCUUAGGUCCUGUUCACAGAGAUUGUGUCAGAGAAAGCACAAAACUGCUCACUUGCAUUAUUUUUGCUUGUGUGGGUCAAGGACUAAAAAGAAAAGGUGUGGUAGAAAACAGUAUUGCUAAUUGGACGAACUGUUAAAAUAUAGAGAACAUUUAGGAAGAGAAAUAAAACCAAGCUAGAGAAUGGAGGGGUGUGCUGCAAAUAUCUGUUCCCAAGCACCCUUUCGUGACAGUCACCUAGAAGACCCCAUCCCUUCCCCUUUAAGUAGCCUGGCUACUAUACUGACUUUUUUUUUUUUUUUUUUUAAAGUAAAAGUGGAUGCUUUGAUGCGCAGUUCCUUGAUGUAAAAUUUUAAAAAACAAACCUAAUGUCGUUCUGCACCUUCAGUUAGCGUUAGAGAGUCUCAUAUCCAGGACUUUAGCACAUAAGCCAAACCGAGCAACACCUAUGCUUGGAGGCACAUAAUCAUUGCAUUCUUUCUGAGUUCAAUGCAUGAACUAUAUUUUCAUAUGACAUGGACUUGAUGUAUGCCCAAUAUUUUUAUAACACUGCCACGAGGGUAAUGUAUUAUCAUUAGUUAAUUUCUAUAUUUUGUUUCAACGUGUUCUAAAUUGAAAUUUAGUGACUGCUUCCGAGACGUUUGAUGCAGAGGCUCAAUGUGGCAACUCAUUGGCUUGCACAAAAGGCAUACUAUGCCAUUUCAAUCAUGACACUACCAUAUUGGAAUCCUUUAAUGGCCCAUAUAGCCUUGAGUGUUUACUUUCGUGAUUUACUUUCAGCAACACGUUUAUCACAUACGUGUUGCUGAAAGUAAUUCACGAAAAUAAAAGUAUUACAGUAAAAUCAUAAUUUCAUUAAUUAUUCUUUGUCAUGUAUUAUUGUUUGGGUUUGUUUUUAUCCCCCCCCCUUACAUUAUCUUACAUUAUCUUACAUAUGUUAUCUUGGUAUUGUUUCUUAGUGUUCAAAGAGAGAGAUUUGUAUACUUUUUAUAAAGAAAUUGGAUUUUUUAAAAUUUUCUUUGGUUGGAUUGUAAAAUGUUAGACCACUAGGUGUCACUGUUUGAGAAUAAAUUGACUUGAUUUAGGCCAUAUUUAUUUACCGAAGCAAAUUUAAAUAUAUAUUAUAUAGUGCUUCUUAUGUCCAUUGCUUGCAAUGUUGUAGAAAGCGAUCAUACUGUUUAAAUUUGCUGUCUAUGUCCAACUCCAAUUAAGCUGAAGAACUCAAGAGGUUCAUUUUAGGAGAGAAACAAAUAAUAAAUAUAUACACGAAUUCCUAAAUUUCAACACUGAAAAGCUUGUGUGUAUGUGUUUAUAUAGUUGGUGGGGCAAGUUUUAGUUUGCAAAUACUGCUGUUCUCUCAUCUUGCAAGUUUGACUUCCUAUCAUGAAGAGUUUACUUUAUCAAAAAGGUACAAAAGAGCUUGCAGUUAAUUUUAUAACAUAGACCUGUUGAAAAUAACUUUUUACAAGUUUGGUUGUCUUGCGUGUGGUUUUAACAGGAGUUAGGAAAAAUUACUUUUCAGACCUGGCCUCAACAAAGUAAUGAGUGGGAAGAUAAAAGUAGCAAUUAGACACUCAAUUACCCUAAUUUUUCUGACCAUCUAUCUAAAACACCCUAACCAGAGUUCUGGAAUCCUAAAUCUUCAAAGUGGAUUACUGUGUUUUGUUUUUGGAAGUAUGCUCUUAUUUAGUUGUUGCAGAGCUAUUCACCUAUGUGCGUAAAUAAGAUCUCUAUUAUGUGCUACCACUGAAUCGUUACUAAAAUAAGGUCUCUGAGGCUAAAUAUCCUUAUAAUAGGCCUCCUGUAGCUUUGUGUUGAGCAUCUAAGCGGUUUAAGUGUAGCUUGGGGAGCACUCUGGAUCUUAACGUUUGUUUUUCUAUCCCCAUUUUCUCCCUUUCCCCUAUUUUAUUUUUUUGUACUCUUUCUUCUCAUAACCUCUCCUUUUCAGUCUAAGCUUGAUUCUCUAGCUCUUCAGUAUAUUAUAUCACUGUUCCCUUGUUUGUAUCCCUGGACUCUUAUACUUUGCCUAUUGCUAAACAUAAAUAUAAUCUUUAAUUUGAAUAUAUUUCAAUGUGUUUAUACAGUUAAAUUACUAAUGCCUUAUUAUUUUAUUAUUUAUAAAGUGUUGUACAAUUGACUUAUGUACCCUGUUUUUUGUUAUUUGCUAAUAAAUUGAGGAGAUCCACUUUGAAUGUUUGCAGCUCAGGUAGAUAGCUCAGUGGGCUUAUGCAUCAUCAGUAGAAUCUGUUAAACCCUUGGGGUCACAGGUUCAAAUCCCAGCAUGGUUGACUCUGCCCUUCAUCCUUCUGAGGUAGAUAAAAUGAGUACCAUUAAAUUGGGUAAUAGUAACAACCCCUGGAUGUUGGGCAAAAGUAACAUACCCAGGACGUACUUGAAAACCCCUAAUAAUCUGAAUGCACCUUUCCUGGUCCGUUGUUGUUAUUUCUUAUAUACACUGUAGUGUAGACAAUAUCUGCAUGCUGUAUGGGGACAACAAAUGGAAAGCUAUAACAAAUCAUUAAUUAUGUGACUUCUGAAGGUAAUUUGACAUACAGGAGCAAGUAUAGUAGACUUUAACAUUCCAGCCUUGAAGCUAGCAAUCCUCAGAGAAGGGCACAUGUAAAACAUAAUUAGAGAUAAGAGUGUAAAAGACAAACCAUAGGUCAAGAAAAGAGAACUUUUUGUGGAGACAGAUAUCCUGAAAAUGUGAGGGUUGCUAAUGGAAUGAAUUGUGUUUUUGGUUUUGUUUUUUCCUCAAAUAGUUACGUCUUCAGGCACCAUGUAAAGGAUGAUAUGGAAAUGAGAAUGUUUGUGCUCUUGCUCGUUAAUUUCAUAGAAAUGCCAUAGCUCAGGAAAAUGAUUUGUAUACGUGGGAAGAGUUGGCGAACCUUGGGUCAGGACAAAUGUGGAGGGUCUAAACAGCAAUGGAUUAUUAAUUAUACCAUUUUAGGGGAACAAAGUUGUUAAAGGACCACUAUAGGCACCCAGACCACUUCAGCUUAAUGAAGUGGUCUGGGUGCCAGGUCCAGCUAGGGUUAACCCUUUUUUUUUUCUAUAAACAUAGCAGUUUAUAACUUCUAUGCUUACAUUAGGGUUAAUCCACCCUCUAGUGGCUGUGUCAUUGACAGCUGCUAGAGGCGCUUCCGUGCUUCUCACUGUGAUUUUUCACAGUGAGAAGACGCCAGCGUCCAUAGGAGAGCAUUGUGAAUGCUUUCCUAUGUGACUGGCUGAAUGCGCUCGCUGCUCGUGCCGAGGAGGAGGCGGAGAGCUCCCCGCCCGGCGCUGGAGAAAGAGGUAAGUUUAAUCCCUUCCUCCCCCUAGAGCCCGGUGGGAGGGGGGCCCUAAAACGAGUGUGUUUUCCUGGCACUAUAGUGGUCCUUUAAGGGGUUGUAAAUGAGGAAAUAACAUGUACACAAUCUUCAAUGAAGAUGUAUUGUUUUAAUAUGUAAAUUUAAAAAAAGAAACUUGUUGGGGGGGACAGACCUCCAGAUUGCCUAGAGACAUAGCAUGGCAAUUUUAGCUUGAAUAUUGUAAUGUUCUCUUUUUUUAAUUAAUUGCAGUUGCCUGUAUGGUGACUAACCCCUACUUGUUUUGUCGCUAAGAAAACAAAAACAAACAAAAGAUGCCUUUAUACACAAAUGUACCAAGAUUAAUGUUUCUUGUUUACAGUUGCAACAUGAAUAAUUUUUUUUUUUUUUUUUAAAUAACCAACCAUUGGAUCUGUGGAAAGCCUUAAAUCUAUUAUGUCUCCAACUUAUCUAGAUUGUUUUGGUAAAGUUUUACAAGGUGCAUGGUAUUAAAAAUUAGGCAAAAGCUUACACAGAUUCUUUCUUGGUGCAGUUGAGAUUUUGUGAGAGAUACACUUUUUUCAAAUUUUUUCUUUGUUUUGUUUUAUGUGUUCAUUCUAUUCUCCUAAUUGCAGUAAACGUUUACGAUAUAAUCACAAACAAAUGAUUAGAAUUUUUUCCUUUUUCAUCUUGUCCACACAGUUGUAUUCAGUAUGUGUUGUCAGUUACUACUCUUUUUUUUUUUUUUUUUUCUUCUUAUAAAACAUGCAUGCUCCCAUACAGUGCAAUAUAUUACAUCCUAGUAUGUAUGAAGGUCUUCAUUUUAUUAAUCUAAAUAAAAAAUGACAUGCGUUUCCUAAUUUCACAGCAGUUUACUUGCUACUUACAGAUCCAAUAAGCUGGCAGAACUUUCAUAUGUUUUAACAUUGGAAGACUAUGGACUUGUAAAAGUACGAGAAGUUUUGGUGUCUGAAUAUUCACAGGUAGGAUUUCAUAACCAACUUUUUUUUUUUUCUUUUUUUUUUUUAACACUGUUGUACUGUUUUAUCAACUCAUUUUUGUGUUUGACAUAACUCAAACAUUGCUCAUAAAUGUAUUUCUAUCUCUGAGAGGUCAUCAGAGCUUAAAAUAUGUCUGCCAAGUAUGCCUUACUUGCUACUUGAAUUCACAUCAUUUUUGAGAUCCGUUCUAGAACCUACCUUUUUAUAGCCUGCUAUUCUUUUGUAUGUAUGUUGGGUUAUUUUCUAGCUGGAUGCUUAUAACUUCUGUGAGUGGUAUUGUAGUGUAUGAGGUCUAUGUAUGAUAGAAUUUUGAAUGAAGUAUGAGAGGAUUCUAAGGCUUUCAUAGUCUUAAAGAGACACUUUAGGUUAAUGCUGUUUAGAAGUUGGACCACUUGGUUUAUAGAGCCCUAGUCACACCUACCUGCAUGUGACUAAACACUUCCUGUAAAGAGAGAGAUCUAAUGUUUAAACUUCAUUUUAUUGCACAUUCAAUUUUAUUUCGAAUUGUUAUUCUCCUGCUAUGUUAAUUGCCUACAUCAGUGAUGGCUAACCUUGACACUAUAAAUUGUUUCUGGGCUACAUUUCCCAUGGUGCUCAUCUAGCUCUUAGAGUCCUGAAUGGCAGAGAUUUGAGAAGUGAGAUCUAUACAUUAAACUGCUCCAUUAAGCUAAUGUUGUUUUGAUAGCUAUAGUGUUCUUUUAAUCUCUAAGGAGCAGAAAUGCUGGCAGUUUAGGGGUUUCCAAAAAUGUGGUUUAAUUAUAUUGUUGGUGUCUCCAGUGCAAAAGCAUUUCCAGAAAACAAAGUUUUAAUCCCAUGAGCUUGCAGUUUGAUAAUUCAGAGACCUUUAUGUGAUGUGGAAAAAAUGUCAGAUUUAAUACUUUGGUCAGACUGUAUUAAAUCUACUAAAAUCAAAGUUCAUUUAGAGGGAAACUAUUCAUGUUUAUAUAAUCAGCCUAUUUUAUAACUUAAUACAUCAACAAAUUAAUGCAAAAUAAAUAAUUUAAAAAAAAAAAAACCAAAAAGGUACGAACUUUGUUUUCCUUUUUAUUUAUUUUUUGUUAUGGUUAUAUCAAACACACAGGAUUGUAGAUACUAACUUUUUAAAGUUUGUACUGGUGUACUGUUUAGUAGAUAGACCCAUCUCACUCCAUGAAGCAACUCUUGUCCUAUAAACCACUGCACAGCAAGUGUUUAUGGGACAAGUAUUUUAUCCCCAAGAGCAGUUCCACUUAUAACAUUGGAUGAGUGGAACUGCUCUGGCUGUUAUCAAUUUACUCAUAGCCAGGUUCACUAUUUAGUGAACUGAGCUAUAUGCAGCUCUCGGUAGAGGAGAGAGAGUUAAGCCACAUGCAAAACUUUAAAAUUCAUGUAGCAGACUCAGGAUCAAAGUUUGUGGAUGGCUUACUGUCAAAAAUGUGAAAUCUAUCUAAUCUUAUAGUGUUUCAAGAUGAAACUCUGCACAGACCCUGUCCUUGCAUUGUGGCUACUUCAACAAGCUGAAGUGAUUAUGGUGUUUAAAGUAUAUAUGAAAAUAAACUAUACCACCUCAAUCUGUAAAAAGCCAAUAGGAAAAUAUUUCAGUUUUUUUCUGUUACACAAUUGGUUGCAGUGCUAUCAGAUUUUUAUUUUUUUAUAAUGCAAUAAAUGUUUUUUUUUUUAUUCUCAUUAAAUGUAAUACAAUUGCAAAAUCAAGAUAAAAUAAUUAUUUUUUAUUUUUAUUUUUCUAUUUUAUUUUAUUUUUAUUUUUUUAGAGUUCAGAACCUAUCAAAGCUCCUUCAUUGCCACAACCUCCACGCACAGUGGAACCUGUUCCUGAACCUCGGGAGACUCUUGAAUACAAAGCUGCUCUAGAGUUGGAAAUGUGGAAAGAAAUGCAAGAGGAUCUUUUUAUUAACGAGGUAGCCUUUUUAAUCUGUGUAUCACUUACUUUUUGUAGCAGACUUUACCUAUACUAAGAUGCAUUCACUAAAAUGGGAAUUUUGGAGAAUAAACAAGGGGAUGGGAAAUAUUCAACUAAAAACGUGUAUUUCUAUCCGGUAUGGCACUUAGAUUUUUCAGGCAAUCAUGUUCUACCAAUGCCGGGAGACAAAAGCUUGAUAUAUUUGAAUUAAGACUAGUGAUGAUCUGCUGACAUCACUUGACCUAAGCAGCUGUUUGGCAUGUUAUUCCAAUGCAGUUCCUUGACAGUGAGUCCAUAAACUAACACUGCUAGGUCUCAAUUGGCAAAACUGCUAAAACAAAACUAUAAUUUGUGUGAUCUUUGUCUGCAGGUAGCACGGUCCUCUAGGGUAAACAGGCACAGUCCUUUGGUUUGCAUAUAAUCCAGGCAGUUGUAUUUUCAAACUCCACCACAGCUACAGCAGCAAAUGAAAACAAAAAUGUAACAAAAUCCUAUAAACAAAAACCUAGCUCGGCCUGAGCAGUAACUGACAUCAAGUUCCCUCUCUCUCAAGGGUUUAAUCUAUAACAAAACAAGAAGUGGUUUCACCAACCUAGCGUCUUUUUUUCAGCUCUCAGAACCCCAGUGUUUUUGACAGCCUGCUGCUUCCCUUUCUACACUCCCAGUGCUCCAAGCCAGCCUUGACUGCUUUCCUUUUGCACUCCCAGUGCUCCAAGCCAGCCUUGACUGCUUCCCUUUUGCACUCCCGGUGCUCAGUCUCCUUGACUUUCUUACUGGAGAUAACAGCCUCACUCCUACCUGCUUCAAGGGAGGAAGCCAGCAAUUCCUCUUCACCUGGCUAGCAGGGAGGGGUUUAUUCCCACUGCUACAGCUGAUUAUCUGCAGCUGAGCAGUGGGUUGGAGACAGCUCCAAAAAACUCUGGCCUGGACAUGAUUUCCCCCAGUUGUGUAUAAACUGAGGAGUGGAGCAUUGGCCCACCCUGCUCUCCAAAUGCUCCACCCCAGGGGCCCAUAACGUAACGGUGGAUUGUGUUGCCUACAACACAUACUACACAUACUCCCCCUGGGGUUAAAUGUUAUAGGUCUAUCUGCUUUCACUUUAUCACAUUUGUUUAGAUGAUGUAUGUAAAGAAAUUGACAGAUGCACCUUUGCCAUCACCUACCCCUAUCCUUGCACACAUUCAUUUUCAAAAGGAAAGCAGUCAAGGCUGGCUUGGAGCACUGGGAGUGCAAAAGGAAAGCAGUCAAGGCUGGCUUGGAGCACUGGGAGUGUAGAAAGGGAAGCAGCAGGCUGUCAAAAACACUGGGGUGCUGAGAGCUGAAAAAAAGACGCUAGGUUGGUGAAACCACUUCUUGUUUUGUUACUAAACGGUGGAUUGUGUUGCCUACAACACAUACUACACAUACUCCCCCUGGGGUUAAAUGUUAUAGGCCUAUCUGCCUUCACUUUAUCACAUUUGUUUAGAUGAUGUAUGUAAAGAAAUUGACAGAUGCACCUUUGCCAUCACCUACCCCUAUCCUUGCACACAUUCAUUUUUUUGCUUCAGUUGUGAACAUGGAACUGGGGAAAGUGUGUAUCCUGUGAUUUAUUUUUUUUAUCAUCAUUUAGUUUGGGUAGAUAUUCUGUUUGUCCAUCCUAUGGCUUGCGCUACACCACUGAAAACUGUUUGGUAGAUUGAGUCACUUAAAACAAAUACAUGAGUCUAAGGAAUACAUAUAAUUGAAAUGUAUCUGGAACCCCAGAUCUGUUAUUACGGACUUCCACCAUAUUAUUGUAUCGUAGUAUAUUGGAGUAAUACAUAUAUUGUUGGCAGUUUUGCUCUGUACAUUUGAAUCAUUCUGUUUAAUGUGAUCGUACUUUUAAAAAAAAUUAUAGAGGAGCAUUUAGGAUUUUUACCCUUCUAGUGUUCUGGCACGAUUAACAUUCUUAAAUUAUUUUUCCUGUUCUCAUACCUUUUUAUUUAGACAGCUCAUUUUAUGUGGGAUACACACAUCAAAACAGCAGGGCAGAGUGAUAUCUUCUGUUUCAUCUCAGGCUUUCAGACUCUUAAUAUAAGAUAACUGGUCAAGUAAUGUCUGUGCCCAGGUAGUUUGGGAUUAGUUUUAAUCCUGACAGGUACUCAUGGCUAAAAAUAUUAGGAGUGUACUUCUGAUUUUAUUUUAUAUAUUUAUAUUUUUUUGACAGUUAAAAAAUAAAGAAUUGGCCCACAUGCAAGCCCUGGCAGAGGAAUGGAAGAGGAGAGAUCGAGAAAGAGAAGCUUUAGUAAAGAAAAAGGUAUGCGUGCCAAAUUUAUAUUCGCUUUGAUAUUUUCUUUGCGAUCUGUGACCAAAUUACUUAUAGUUUCUUUAGCCAUUAUAAUGCAGUUUUUAAAGGCACAUAUGUGUGGCACAGAGAGCGGUAGGUACUUUUUAUGAACUGGGAUGACAUGCAAAGUUAAUACACAAUCCAAAGCACAGAGAAGCAUAAAUUUAUCACUACCCAGGCAGUGAAAUGAGGAGAAAUGGCUAUCGGAAGUAAGAAAUGUUGUGUAGUUUUGAUUCCGUAUUUCAGUUUCUAGUACAUAAACCGUUGCACUGCAUCUGGGCAUUCCCAUUGUACAGAUAUGUACCUGUAGAGUUCAAGUACUCAGAAUGCAGUACAGUACCCAGGCUGAGAAUGUAAUAUAUCCAGUUUAAUAGAUUAUUUUGGCCCAGCUUGCAGAAUUUUGUGUUGCCUCUGAGAUCUGUGCAAAAUGGCCAAGUUCCUAUUUACCUUAUUUUGGAGAAACUGGCGAUUCCACAAGAUCAGCAAUUACCUUUUGUAUUUCCUUCUUCUGUUGCAUUAGUUUAAUGUAGUUAAUCCCUUAUCAUUGCUAUUACACCUAAAUGUAUAAAUGAAGAUAUCAACAGAAGGAUAAAGAACAAGUUUAAAAAAACAAAAACAGGUUUAAUGAUGAUAAUAACAAAAUAAAAUAAAAUGUCCAAAAUAUAGUCCCAGUAACAACUUGCCAGAAGAUAUAUCCGAGAAGUACACAACAUCGAUUAAAAUAAGUCUUAUAUAGUCCUCCUCACGUUUUUAGAGCUUUAAAACCGCUCUAUUCUGAAUAGCAUACAGUGGUAUAAUCCCUACUUAUAGGGCACAUGAGGAGAUGUUGAUAGGCAGAGGUUUCCUCAAUACGAAGAUCAAUAAAAGGUUAAAAGACACAACUAUAGUGUUUACAGUAUAAUAAAAUUCCAGGAGUAUAAAAUAAUGUAAGGUUUCUCACAUUUGAUUGAGCAGGCAGACUACUUAAUGUACAGUCGUGAGUGGUAUAAUCCCUACCUAGGAUUCUUUAAUGGAGUAGUCCUCUCUGGAACAGUAAAAUCGGGUACUGGGUAGAAAAUAUAAAAUAGUAACAAAAUACAGUAAAAUGGCACACUAAUAAUUGAAAGUAGUCAAAAUACCUUUAUUAAUAACAAUGUAAAAUAUCCACAACGCGUUUCACUGUCAAGGCUUUAUCAAGUGGAGAUUACAACUAGCCUGCUACUGUGACAAGUUACCACUUUUGGCAGUUUUUUACCUAACUUUCUUGUUUGCAAAAUUAGACUGUAUAAAUUAUUAUAGGUUAUUCACUAAAGUCCAAUUGGCAAGUAGCCAGCAGACAUAUAGUUAAAUAACAGCAGUUAGUUUUUGCUAGCCAGCCACCACAUGGUUGGACAUUCGAUCCUCUUCCAUAAUAAUAUUUUGAUUAGGCUGCCCAUGCACUGCCAAUGGCUGUAGGCCAGGGGGAAAACUGUCGUUCCUCCCACAUAUUAUAGCAGGGCGGUGGACAGGGAUCUGGCUUGUUGACCUCCGUAGGGUUAUUUAUUGAUUUGUUUUAACGUGGUGGCUUACUAGCAUGUUUUGACCUGCUGCCCCAUAAUUAAUCCUCACACUACAGAGGGUAUUUUAACAAUUUGCUUGCUGCUAGUGAAUAAUACUUUGUGAAUGUGCACCCUGCCUGACGAGUUUGGCCCUGAAUUUUAGUUAAACUGGUGUUUUGUAAAUAUUCUGAAUCCUCUACUUUGAAUAGGAUUUGGAUGCAAAAGCACUGAUUUUAAUUUGGACACCAUAUUCAUCUAGGCGAUUGCUGUAGAUUAGCUCGUACAGUCUGAUAUAUGACCAUAUUUAGUAAAUAUAUUUUCCAUUGCCAUCAUAGUUCUGUCCUUUUCACCUGAUUUUUGUCCAUCCAGACAAAAUCUGGUGUUUAGUGAAUAAUGCUGUUUGUUUAUAGCACUAAUAAAUAUAUGUAUAUAUCAAAUCUUUCUAUAGAUAGAUAGAUGUGUAGAUCUCUCUAACCGCUUUUUAAAUGCCCUCUAGAUCUCUUACCAUAAAUUCCCUUUCAUUAUCUUUUGAUUGUAAGCUCACAAGCUACAGGCUUGCGUUGUAUGCAAAAUUUUUCAAGCUCAUGGACAGUGUUUUUUGUUCCUUUUUAUAUGGAUAUGUCUGGUUAUUUUUGCUUUCCUCUACAGUGCUAUAGAUUAUAGAAUCUGCUGUUGAUUUUUAAAUGUGAUGUAAUGAUAAUAUAGGUAGUGAAGUAAAAUGUAUCCAUCUUAGGUGGUUGAAUACACAGUUCUCGAAGAACAGUUACAGAAAGCCUUGGCAGACUUGGAGCAACGAGAAAGGCAACUUGCUAGUAAUGAAAUGGAGGUAAGAUCAUUCAUUUUUGUAGCUCUGUCUCAACAAGUCAAUAUAAUUGCAAAAUAGAUAUUCCUUACAUUGAAACAAUCUAAAGGAACGAAAGGUUGUUCUAUAUUUAUUGCAUUCUCAUUUGAAAUCAUAGCUCAAUCAUUAAAUUAUAACAAGUCGUGAGCAGAAUGCAAAAGGAUAUUCGAAACACAGAAAUACCCUCUGGUAUAGCGAUACUGUAUAAAAAUCAAAGCAGUAUCUCACAGAAUCAUAGCAUGUGUCCAGUAGAACAAGGAAAAAUAAAUCUGAGUAUUUUGCGCUGUUUUACACAACGUUUUAUUACAAAUUAUCUAGUAGAAAAUUUGUAAUUUUUAAAGUUUAGACGUUUGUCCCAUUACUUAUGAGCUGGUCUAGUGUACUUCUGGCAUAACCACUUCAGCAGGCUUGUAACCCUUUAAGGAUCACAAUGAGCCUUGCGCAUCAUGCAGGUAUGAAUGCAAGCAAUUCCAUUUUGCACCUUAGGACAAUGGCAGAGGCAAUAUUGUGUACUGUGAGAUAAUGACAGUCACUGUUGCCUUGUGUGGACUGCCCUGCAUUUCUGGGAAUUUGAUCACCCUAAAAGCAAGUCACAGGGGAGGUAGUAGUCAGCAGACACAGCAAAGAUAGCUGAUCUAGAAUGUGUGGGGAAGAAUUCAGUGAGCAGAAUCACUUUGGUACUGAAGUGGUGCACACUAUAUAUCACUUCCCUUCCCCCACCCCAGACAUAAAGCAGAAAAUAACGCUGGUGCCUUAAACAUUUCCUUAUCUAAGAUUCAUUAAUUUUUUCUAGACAUGUUGACAUGCUGGAUCUGAACGAGGGAAGUUUUAUUAAGAUUGCUGAAUGUUACAAUACAUGCUUUUUUUUUAUAUACACUUAUUAAAGGCUGUAUUAAACUUGAUUUUAUGUAAUCUAAUAUGUGUGUGUAUAUACAUAUAUAUUAAGAAUGUAAGUUAUAGUGAACAACAGCAUAGGGUUAUUUACUACGGUAGGAGUUCUAAGUGGAUUCAAAGAAUUACAAAAUUUGUCAGAGUAGCCAAACUAAAAGUAUAAUUAACUUCCAACAUUUUUCACGUUUAUUUUUUUUAGUAAAUAUUUUAUUUACCAGAAAAUUAAUGUUAAAGAGGAUAUAUAUAUAUUUUUUUUUUUUACUGAUCAGCCAUCAUGUGUACAGUGUUGGGAAUUGCAAGAGUUUAAAUAACGUUGUCUACUACAUUGAGUGGUGUUUUUUUUGGUUUGUUUGUUCUUUCGUUCUACAGACCACUGUAUUGGUGCCUUAAUAUAUUUUGAAAUCAAUCUAACUGCAUUUUAUUGUGCUUCCUGUUUUCAUGUGCAUAAACGUAUUCUAUGGUUCCAGGUGAAGAAAUUAAGGGCAGAUCUUCAAUUAGAUGGUGAACGUGGUGUUCAAGACCGGCAAGACUCCAUUCGGCGAGUGCGAGAAGAUUGCAUGCAUCAAAUAGAGUUGGAAAGGUCAAAAGCUAGACAGUUAGAAGAGGACAAGCUUCGCUUGCAGCAGCAGGUUAUUGAAGCCACACCUUAAGUAGUCUUUUAUUUUGCUCUUCAGUGGUAAAAAUUUGAGUGGAACAAAUUAAUAGAGAGAAAAUAUUUCUGUAUCUUUUUAAUUAAAAUUUUAAUUUAACAAGCGUUCUACCAUUUCAUUGAGAUAAGCACUUAUGGUUCCUUUAAUAAUAUUGCUUGAUUGCGGUAACACAUGAUAAUUUAUGAACAUUUAUCGUGAUGGAUGCAUUUGUUGCUGAAUUUUAUUAAAGCUUAUUUAUGAUUUUUCUAAAUCCUAUUCUUGUAGAUAGGGACAAGUUAACUGCUCAGUUGUUAUAGCUGUGUCUCUUUCUUUCCCACAAUCCUGUUUUAGCUUCAAGAAGCAGAACACAAAUUUAAAUUGCUCGACAAAGAAUUUCAGCAUUACAAAGAGCAACAAAGCAGUAAACCAGAGAUCCGAUUACAGUCUGAAAUUAACCUCCUCACGUUAGAAAAGGUAUGAUUUGAAAAGUAGCGAUUUGAUGUUUUCCACAAUCGUUAUUUAUUUAUUUAUUUAUUUGCUUGCUUUAACAAAAACAGACUGUAUAGGUGCUCGAUAUCAAACAAAAAAUGGCAGAAAAUCACCAUUUUCCUUCACCAUUGUGAAAGGUAUAGCAAAAUAAAAUAUGGGAGGUGAUCAGCGCAAAAGAUACAUACGGUACAAAGGCAGUAUCAAGAAUAUAAAUCUAUGAAUACAAAGCAAAAGACAAAUUUAUUGUGCAGUACAAUUGGUAGGCUAAGGGGGAUAUGUAUAGGUCACGUGCACACUCACUUUUUAGAGCUGUACCAGCUCUGUUUGGAAGGCCUGGAUGGAAUAUUCCUGGUCUGUGGAUAUAUGUAGAAGGUCUUCCAAGCUUGAUUCCAAAGUUAUGGUGACAUGAUAUGGGAAAAAAACACAGGAAAAAUUCUAAUGGUAUGGUACAUACACGGAAAUUAUAUAAAAUAACUUACGUGACACGGAGCAAUGUCCUGCUCUGGUAUUAAGAGCGUGAGGUGGAAUAAUCCCCAUCCAAGGAUAUAUACAAGAACCGGAUAAGUGGUAGAAGCUGUAUAUAUACUCCACAGGUAAGUAUAUAAAUAAGUACUUUUAUUUAUUUAUAUAUAUAUAUUUAUAUUACUUUAUUGUGUAACAAAAGCUUAAUGCAACAGCAAAUAGAGCUUAAAAGCCUGAAAGCUGCUUCUCCGUGACUACUUUUUAGGGAAAGAUUUUUCUAAAUUAACGCAAUUCACACCCACUGCCGCAAAGUUCCGCCAACUAUGUCCACACUAUGGGAGAUUGGGGUAUAUCUUUGCUAGUCAUUCGGGGUCCAUGUACCAUUUAUAUUGCAGUUUACUCAUUUGAUCCAAAUGGGAGACAGAGGCAGUUUUACCAUUGUGUGCUGUAUAGGCCUUUUGCCACUGCUUAGUGGUGCACGUGGAGUUUAGGUUUGAGUGCAAUGGGGGGAGAGGGGAUGGGAGAGUUGUUGUGAAUAGGCAGGCCCUCUCUCUGUAUCAUAGUUGGUGACGUAUGUGUAGAGGCAGCUUGGUUACCCAGGAGGGAUUUGAGUUGUAGGUAUGAGAAGUUCCUGUGGGGUAGGUUGAAUUGGGUCUGGAGGUCUGGGAAUUGCAACAAUCCGCCGUUGGUGUAAAGGUGGUGGAUAUUAAUGCAAUUUUUGAGUGGCCACGCCCUAUGGUUGAAUGAAGUGUUGGUCAUGUGUAUCACUGAAAAAUGGUUAAGGUAGUGCAAAAAAUACAGUCUAAUCACAUGUUUAUAAUAAACAUAUAAACAUUUUAUUGAAUCUUAUAUGAAGUAAAACAAUCUUUUAAAAUACAAUGACAAAAAAACCUUGUACAAUAAUUAUUGCUAUACUGAGUGUGCACACUACUAAGUAAUAUAGGAAAUAAAAGACUGUGUCAGUUAAUGAAAUAUAAGGUAAAAUAGAAAUAUACCAUAAAAAAUAGAAUAAAAAAUAUGGAAAAAAUAAAUAAAAAAUGAGUGGAAUGGCAGAAAAAAGUACGGGGGGGGGGGGUCCAACAUUGUAUAGUUUACUGACAACUUACUGUUGGGGAUGCGUUUGUGCUGACAUUCUGAUUACAUACAUAGAGAGUAAGGUCUGCAGUAUUGAAGCUGUUACUGCGACAAACUACCCAAAUAGUAAGUGCUGCUGGCUGACUGCCGUUGUGGAUCUGUACAGGGUAGUGGAGAUGAAAUUCUUUUCCACCUUUGGCUGUCUUGCUACGUGGGGGGGGGGUCUCCUCUUUUAUUUGUAGCUGCCGGAGCUGAGUGUGCUCUGCCGAUAGAAUAUGUUGCGGCCGCUCACAUAGAAAGUGAAAGUAAUUGCGUCCGCUCGUAAUGAAUAAAUGCGGUCGCUCUUGAUGAAUCUGUGUGAGGUCUGGUCUGGUCCCAAUAUUCUCGGUCAAUCCUACAUGUUUCGUGGGCCUGCACUCGCUUCUUCAGGGAUGAUAAUGGAGACCUUUUAAUGCUGCUCCUUUAGAAGAAAGUAUCCCUACACUUUCUAGUACAAGACAAAGUAACCUUUUAAUGCUGCUCCUUUAGAAGAAAGUAUCCCUACACUUUCUAGUACAAGACAAAGUAUAUUGGUCAUGUGUAUAUCGGGGUGGCUAGUGACCAAGGCUCAGCUGAUCAUAGGGGAGCUCUAGUGGCAUCCAUGUUCGUAGUAGUAGGUCUUUGGUAGGUAGUUGUUCUGGAGUAGGGGGCCUUAGGUGUGUGGGUAUCCAGUAUAAGUAUCUCAGUCCUUCCCUUCGUGUCCAUUGUGAUUCUAUCGCACCCACUGUGGAGGAUUGGUAUCCGCAUGUGAUGUUAUUACUGAGGACAGUAAGGUUACUUUGUAGAAAAGAUUUAUAUUGGGUAGUUCCAACCCACCUUUUUCCAAUGGUAUGUUUAACCGUGUGGUAGCCACCCGUAUCCUGCGAUUGGACCAGAUAAAUCGCACAGUUGUUCUUUGGAUGGAUUGUAGGUACUUUUAGGUAGAUGAAUCUGCAAGGUGCAAAAAAGGUACUGUAAUUUAGGUACCAGUGACAUCUGUACUGCAGCUACCCAGGAUAAGUAUUUUCCUUCUCAGGACUGGAGUGUGUUUGUGAUGUCUUUUUGCAUGAUAUAAUCCUUUCUCCAGUCAAGGCUGAAAGUAGCUUGGAGGGAAUGCAUGGUCUCUCGUGGGAAGUCAAUCCCCAUGGCCUGUGUAGUGGAUACAUUUAAUUUUGUAGUAAAAGUUCUGGCCAUAUAUGGUGAGUAGUGAUGUCCCGAACGGUUCGCCGCGGACUCCAGUCAGCUGACACAUUCCAGCCAAUCAGCAGCAGACCCUCCCAUCUCCUGGACAGCAUCCAUUUUGAAGCUGCAUUCUUAGUGAGCUGUCCAGGAGGUGGGAGGGAGGGUCUGCUGCUGAUUGGCUGGAAUGUGUCAGCUGACUGGAGUCCGCGGCGAACCGUUCAGUGAACAGUUCGGGACAUCACUAAUGGUGAGUUCUUUUAGGAGGUUGGGCAGGGAUAUGUGGUUGGUUCAGUGUCAGUAGGACAUCGUCCGAAAACAGGAUCGAUUUGUAUUCGCAUUCCCCAAUUUGAAAAGGACUUAAUAUUAACACAAUAUUAAAACACACGCACGCAAUAUUACACCACAAACCUUACACACUAAAUAUGGCUGAAGCCCCAGGAUCCAUGCCAUUCUCACAGCAUUAAAGAUAGUCUGUGGAGGACUGCAUGGAAUGUCCAAAUAUCCUUAAGAGGUUAAAAAUAAGUAUUGCACACUUGAAGUAUGUUAGGCAAAUAUUUUAUUUAUUAACAAAGUGCAAAUCAAAUACAUGCCUUUAAUGUAGAUUUCUAUGUAAAUAUUUUUUUCUAUAAUUUAUUUUCUCUUCAAGCAAAACCGUAUAGGCAGGCUUUUAAUAAUUAAUGUAAACAUAGUCAUAGUCUUUUGUGCCAGUGUUAAAUCAUAUUACCGUUUUUUAGAGACUCCAAUUAACUAUUUGCGCAUUUUAACGUAUUGGAGGUUGCUUCAGAGACUUUUUAUUGUUGCGAAUAUGGUUAGUGUUUUCACUUUAUUGUGCAUUCAGAUCAUACAUAGAUAAAUGUUCAUUAUCUAUUGUAUUUUGGAUUUACAAUUUUGAUUAGUAAGAUGUUUGUAUUUGAUCAUGAAAAGCUAAAAUGAAACAAAUUGCUCUUAAAUGGAGUUCAGUUAUUUCAUUUGCACAGCUUUUACAUAAUUUCUUCUGUCCCAACAACAUACUCCACUUGGAAUGAAUCAUGGAAUCACAGGAAAGCUUGGGGUUUAAGACAGAUUAAUUAUUAAGAGGCUCCACUUCAGAAAAGGAGAUGAAGUAUGUUUUAACACUGGAAGUGCCAGCAAGAUGUACUACUCAUUCCUUUAAUACUCUGGGGGGUUAGCAGUCAUAACUAUGUUCAGCAGCUCAUUAGUCCUCUACAAUCAGUCUCUAAAUUGUCUGGUUCCCACAAUAAUUUGCAUGUUCGGUUUUCUUACUUAAAACAAACCGCGUUGAUGACGACAAUAAUAACGUAAAAGAACAUUUUGUGCAGUUUAUAGCUACUGUAUUUCACGAAAGCUUACAUUACUAAGCUCAACAAGAAAAUCAUGUUAACCCAAUUAACUUAAUUUCUAUCUUGUCACCCUGGCAUUUAUAUUUUAAAUAGACUUCUCAUCUGCAAAAUGUGAAGAUGACUAGACAACUUUAGAUAUUUUUAAAUUCCCAAUCAAAUAACGGUGCUUUUCAAACUUGUCAGCAGAUGUAUUCUAUUACGUGUUAUGCUGGCCUUACAUUUAUUACCUGCAAACAAGAUUCCUGAAUGUCCACAAUAAGUGUUGCGACCCUGUAAGGGUUUCUGAGAGCUACAGUUCUACUGUUUGGUUUCUUUCAGCUCCCCAGUUAUAAAUCGCAAAGCUAUUGAAAAUUAAGUGAUGUCAUGAUUGGCUAAAUCCAUCUUGGUCUUGCCAGUGGUCAAUGCAGAGGUCUGGGGAUUUAGAAAUUCAGAAACCUCAAAUGUAGCUUUUUAAAUUUUUUAUUAAGAUUGAAAAAGCUUUAUUAUUCUGCACAGCAUGCGCUGUUUUAAAAGUGUUGUCAUCAAAUAUAAUCUUUAACUAACUAAUCUGCUUCUACAUAGUUCCCUGUGUCUGAAUCCUUUCAUUUUUUUUGUUGGAACAUACUCCUGUCCUUCGUGAUCUCUAAAAUUACCUGCCAUGGUCUUAGUUAUAUCCAGACCGAGCCACACCCUUCUACUACUGGGAGACACUCCAUUGAAAUACAUACAAGGGAGUCAGUUCAGGAAGAUGCCUGAUCUUUAUUAAAAAGAACAAUAGUUUUAUAAUACGCAAUAAAGGGGAGUUAUGGGGGGUGUCACUAAUUACCAAUCCAAUAUUGACCACUAUUAACUAAACAGAAUGGACAGCUUGUGCAUACAUUAUGGUAUGGGCAUGUAAGAAAUAAUUCUCAGGGGCAUUAAUAGGUGGGGACUUCUUAGAAUAGGAGGAUAUAUAGGGGUAGUGUCUUAGAAUAGGCGAGAACAAAGAUGGUCCUUUGCCAAGAAUAUGUAUGUAACGUUCUGGCAUGGUCAGGUGUUAAACUACAAAUGGGAUGUCGUUGAAGUGUAUAAGGCUCUUGGUGUUAUGAUUCAGCUGAACAGAAAUUAACCCUUUCAUUUUAUAAAAUAUAGAAGGAAAAGUAUUGAUUAGUUUAUGUAUAGCAUUUAAGUUGACAAAACUUCACAAGGGGUGGGGCUUAACGCAAUGUUCUGUUUCUGUUGCCAAUCAAAUUUACCCACAACCCUCAGUAAAAUCGAUCCCACAGAAGGACAAACGGGGGGAGCAAAUUAAGGAAAGGAAAAACAAAAGAAAUGUCAGGACUAUUUUACUUCUUGGCUAUGGCGUUUAACAAAUCUUAAAAUUAUCCAUCCAAUCUAGCUGAAGAGCUUUUUUUUUUAAAUGGACUGAGUGAUUAGGAGACAUAUUACAGACUUGUCUUCCACAUGGAUACUGGCAGCAGUGUGCUGUUCGCACAAGGAAAUUAAAAAAUGUCUGCAAUGUGCAAGUGGAGCAGUACAUGUGACAGUCUGUUCAGAAUAUGUUUGAACUAAUACAUAUGUAUCCGCACACCCAAUGGUUUCUUAAAGGACCACUAUAGGCACCCAGACCACUUCAGCUCAAUGAAGUGGUCUGGGUGCAAGGUCCAUUUAGGGUUAACCCUGCAGCUGUAAACAUAGCAGUUUCAGAGAAACUGCUAUGUUUACAUUCGGGUUAAUCCAGCCUCUAGUGUAUGUCUCAUCCAUGCUUCUCACUGUGAAAAUCACAGUGCAAAGACGCUGGACGUCCAUAGGAAAGCAUUGAAAAAUGCUUUACUAUGGAUUGAUUACGCGCGUGGCUUUUGCCGCGCAUGUGCAUUCGACAGAUGAUGUCGGAAGAGAGAAGAGUCUCUAGCGCUGAGGGUAAGUGUUUAACCCCUCUUGAGCUGGGUGGGGGGGACCAAAAGACCAUAUAGUGCCAGGAAAAUGAGUUUGUUUUCCUGGCACUAUAGUGGUCCUUUAAGUCUCAAGUCUUGAAAAAGGCACAGGAUAGUGCUGAAAUGUUGUCUUUUUCUCUGAAGUCUAAAUAAAAGACUGCCUGUUAAUAAGAAAUCAUUGGGUGUGCCGAGACAAAUGUAUUUGUUCCCGUUGGAUUGAUUGGGAGUUGGCUUUUCUAGUUUGGAGCACCCUGGUGGGUGUGUUCUAGUAAUGGUGUAUGCAUUACCCUUUUUCACUUUGUUCAUAAUAUGUUCAUAAGAGCUUUUCCAACUGAAGCAAACAAAUUAUAGUUGGCAAUCACUUUAGUAUUCACCUGGUGCUAAUUGUUAAAACCACCUCCACGAUUGAUGUAUUGAAUAAAUAAAAUGUAGAAAAUGUAUGUAUUGAAAAUAUUUAGGGUAUUCUUUUCCCACUUUAACAGCAACGCUUUGGCUCCACUCAGCUUUGUAGGCUUGAGAGUAGUACACAUUACUGUGAACGGUUUGUGAAUAAAGUAACCUGAAUUUCACAUUAGUAUCUGGUCCUUUUGUAAUCAAGACUCCUCCUCCCAACAAGACCUGAUCAGCCUCCACUGUGUGUGCUUUAAGCAUAUUAAGAGAGAAAUUUAGAUUAACACAUGUCCAGAUGCAUUUCUUUUCAUUCUGAAUAAAAUUAUUCUAUCAGUAAGUGCUUAAUCUGGAAACUAUGUACAAUUCUAAACCUUUAUAUUGAUACUAGCUUGCUGAUACAGGUAUGUACUUUAGAAAUAUACUGAGAUCAUUUUUUCCUUUUCAUAACCUCACAGUACAAGUCUGUGCGAAGUGUUGAACAUGAAGGUUGGUCUUGUUCGAACAGUGCAACAGAAAAUGUAGCUUGAAAACAAGACAUUUCACCAUUUUUAAGGCUAUGUUUAUAUAAGUAUUGCUCACUAAAUUAAUAAGUCCAUUAUGGUAUCUAAAAUGUAAUUCAAACACUAAUAAUCUUUUUAUAAAUUUGGCGUCUUAAAAACAAAUGAUGACCAGUGACUUGGGAUCAUUUUAGUUAGCUAUGCAGUGAGUGAACUCUUCUACAAAUGAAUCAAGUUGGUGCAAGUUAAUUGUUAUGUCACUAUUCACUGCAGUCUUCUUCAGUUACGUUUUAUAGUAAAAGGGUGUUUUCUUUUAAUAAUUGUAUUUUGAUUAAGAAAUGAAAUAUACAAUUUGACUACAGUGGUACCAUAAUAUUCUUAGAACUGUUACAAUACUGUAUCUUUGAUGAAAUACAAUAGAUGAACGAAAAUAAUUAGAACAGACUUUUAUUACCAUAUUAAAUGAUAAAUGAAAAGUGAUCCUACCAUUCAGAGGUCACAGUUCAGAGUUUGGCUAUCUGUGUGUUAGUUUAUUGACAAUAGAUGUCUAAUUAUCCAUUGCACAGAUAAAAAUCACAAUAGAAAUUAAAGGUAAGUAUAGAAUAAAUUAUUAUUGACAAAAACUAAUGGAGGCCACUGUAUUAAUAGCUUAAUCUUUGCCUUUGUGAGGUCUAGUACUAUUAUAUCUAUUUAUUUAAAAUGUAAUAAAACUGAUGUCUAAAGAGCAUAAUUUAAAAUCAUUUGGCAGUCAUUAUCUGUUCAGUAUUGUGAGAUAUUCUGUUUCAGUGCACUGUUACGUGAACCUAGAGAAUGGUUUAUGGAGCACUGGGAAUAAUUUUCUGACCCGUUUGAAAUGGUUGUUUAUUAUUCAUUGGUAUACUGUAAUAUAGCAUUUAUCUAGAUAGAGUAACUUUAUCACUUUUAAUUUAUCACCACCUGUAAAGAGACUUAUUUUAGGUUUUAAGUUUCCUGAGGUUGCACUGAAAAAAUAAAUAAAACUAAAAUAAUGGGUUUCAUUAUUUUUAAAUUUCUUUCCUGUGUCUACUUUAAUAGUGUUUUUUUUUUUUUUUGGCCUCGCUAAUAUGCUCUAUAUUUUGCAUGCUCAAAUAUUUGUAGCUUUUUUUUUUUUUUUUUGGUCAGAUAUGCUCCUUAAAGGAGAAUCUUUUUUUCAUAUACUUUUAUUUUAUUUAUAUUAAAUAUUUAGCCGAUGAUAUAAUGAUCAAUAGGGCACACACUGAAAAUGAAGGAGACAUAGAAUAAUCUCACCUCUUCUCUGAGUGCUUUCUCUAAGCUUACUGGUAAAGGGAAAGGACAUUGCAUACAACGAUGACCGACUGGAAGCCAAGAUGAGCGAGCUCAGUUGCAGGAUAAAGAGAUGAGGAUUUUAUUACAUUCCACUUUUGUCACACCUCACAAACACAUAUUUGUUAAAUAUAGAGAUCAGUAAAUAUAGUAUUAAAAAUCCUGGGAAGUGAUAGUAAGUUUAUUUUUUUAUUUUUUUUAUUUUUAUUUUUUUGCAGAAUGCUGCACCAUAAGCCUGUCUUCUUAACUAUUCCCCCUAAAAAUUUUUUAAAAGCCUUUAGUAUCAGAAUAUCUAUACAGUGUAGUCACCGACACUACUAGGUGAUCUGAGCUGCCUGCAUUAAAAGAGGACAUAAAGGCAUACAAAUAGUAAUUAUAUGAAUACACAUGUCUGUAUUUGACUGCAGCUUGGUUGUUUAUUAAAUUAAAACACUUCAUUGUAUUUUAGGAUAUUUUAUGCAAGGCAGUCUGCAUUAGGUGAAGGCACCCAGACAAAUGCUACAGAUAUGUAUUUGUAUUACAAGUGAGCAGAGGAAAUAUUGGACAAGUUAUAGAUGGAUGUAACAGACUGUAGCAUCGGAUGAGUGGAAAUAGUUGUUUGUUUUUCUGAACACAGCUAAGCCUGGCAUUGUAUGGAUUUAUUGCUUAAAGGAACACUAUAGUCACCAAAACAACUUUAGCUUUAUGAAGUAAUUUGGGUGUAUAGAUCAUGCCUCUACAGUCCCGUUGCUCAAUUCACAGCCAGGGGAGAAACAAUGUCAGUGACUUAAACACAGCCUGCAUGCAAACAAAAUGGAUUCAUUAGAUGACUCUUUACAUGAAGUGUUUGGGAAGGCUGUGUAAGUCACAGCUGCAUAAACAAAGUGAUUAAACUCCUAAAUGGCAGGGAAUUGAGCAGUGACACUGCAGGGGCAUGAUCUAUGCACCAAACCUGCUUCAUUAAGCCUAAAGUUGUUUUGGUGACUAUGGUGUCCUUUUAAGUGUAGAUUCGAAGAAAAAGAUAUUAAGAAAAUAACAGCUUUGUUUAACACAAGUUAACUUUGAAAUUUCUUCCCAAUCUUUGCUAUAUUCAGUUAACCAUCCUUCAGUUGUCCCAUGUGGCACUUGUACUGUACAAUAAAGCUACGUCAUUCGAUCCGCAAGCAAACUGCACACAGAAACUUCCUGGGUGUCCUCUUUCUGAUUCUGGUUGCUUGGCUUACAGCAGUUCAGCUCACUCAUUGCUUUCUGUGAAGUUAUAGAUGAGCACUGAUGAGUAAGCCUUUCUUUGUGCAAUUGGGUGUAGCGUGUUGUGGAGUAUUCAAAAAUGCUGUUUGCAUAUUUUUGAGGUGGCAAUUAAGUUUUAGCCUGGCUAACUGGAGACUUGACCUGCUAUAGGGACAUAGUUAUUAGACAUGUAUGUUAAAAAAGAGAAUAAAAAAAAUUAAUAAUAAUUUAAGAUCUUAUGGCUUUACCGAAAAAAAAGUAAAGAUUUUGAGUGUCUUAGACAACCGUUUGAGACUGAGAAAGUACAUUCCUAAAACAAAGCCAGUUUGGCAAGAGUUCAACUAUAACAGAUCACUAUAGCAAGUAAAAAAAUAAGCUUUUGGAUUCAGUCUUUUUUCCCCCUUAUUUUUAAGUGGCAUAUAUUUAAAAUAUGUCAGAAUACUUUUAAAGAAAAUCAGUUCCUUUUAUCCAUUACUAGGAGCAUAGUGAUCUUGAAGAGACCAGGCAAGGGAUCCCAUCUAAACCCCAGCAACACACGUUGGUUUAUUCGCUAAGGUCUGAAUUGUAGUGAUUUAAAAUCUAAAUGGCAAAAUUAUCUGUGGAGAAUUUUUCUUCAGGUCCAUUUUUACACUUCAACGUUAAUUUCUAUCAAAUUCAGAAUUUGUCAAUAAACAUCUUUGUAAUGGAAGCAUCUCCAAAACUGUGUGGAUUACUAGAAUGUAGAUAUUCUUGCUCACAAUCUCUGUAUGUGAUUUUCAACAAUCUGUCUCCCUCUCUUUGUGUAACAAAAAUAAAUAAAAUGUAUUUCUUGUCCACCUCUGUUGCCUGGUGGUCAACAAACGUGUCUCACAAUAAGGUCUAGGGGUUUUAGCCCUAUAAGGUAGGAAUCAAACAAUUUAGAUAUGUUUGGAUAUUAAGAUAUAACUUUUAUUGUAACAGUUAAAAUUAUCCAAAACUAGGGGGGAUAUAUAUAUAAUGCCCUCCCAAUAAGCUGGAGGGUUAAAAACAUGACUUAUGUUUCUAGGAAAAUAGUACAAGCUCAAAAAAUUACCAGUUUAAAGGUUCUCCCUGGCAUAGUGAUAAUGUACAAUUCCAUAAAGAAAAAAACGGGAGGGAAGGGCAAGGAAAAGGGUGGGUUUCAUUCAAAUGCAUUAUAAAGGUCUGCACAUAUAUAGGGUUAAUAAGCUAAUCUGAUGUGCCAGGGAAACUUGUAUCUAAAGAAAUAACCAAAAGUUUAGAACUGUGAAAUAUAAAGUAUCAAUCUCCCACUGUAUUUCAUCAGAUUAGCCUUGGUAAUAUAGUAUUCGUAUGAGAGAUGACAGGGAAGAUGCAUAUGUCGGCUGUUCACUGCACUAGUCUAAAAAUAAAGAAAAGAUUUCCAGUCCCUAUGUAUUUUACAGACGGCACAUGUUCCCUCCAUGUCAGUAGCUCAUAUACUGGAUAUCCAAUGAUAACGGAGAAACUAAGAGGUAAGUAUAGGUUCUCGGAUGGGGGAGUAAAGUCAAACUAUUUGAGGUACUGAGUCCAGGAAAAAUCCACCAACCAGUAAUACCGAAGGUCUGCACGUUUCAGCCGUCGCCAGGAUCAUAGGUUGUCAUUGUGUUUUGGACUAAUCCUUUUAUGAUAAAAUAAUUCUAAAAAGCCAGUUGUUUACAGUACAUUAAACUGGCCUUGAAUUCCUGUUGAUUAGUCUCUCACAUGAAGAGAUCUGCAGCGAAUGCAUUUGCAUAAAUAGAAUUUAAUGACUUCCUAUAUUAGAAAUGCUCUCUGGCACUCAUUCUACAACAAUUUCAUCAUGCAGUCACGCUCCUCCAAUGGUGUUAAGCAUGACUGAAGUUGUAAUGUGUGCAUUUCGGGGGUGAUGGUGAUCCCAACAACUCAAUAUUGGAGUUGCAUUCAUGGAACUUACAUUGUGGCUGGACACAAUUCCCAUCAAUACUUGCAAAACUGGCAAAUUGUGAUGAGAGUUGUAUUUCUAAGGUUUAGAAGGUAUAUUGUAUCGUUCUUGGCAUAUUUGUAUUUUGUGAAUUAUUAAGCAUGAAAAAUGUUAUUUGGUGCAGUCUGUUUUUUUUAUUUUUUAUUUAUUUAUUUAUUUUUUUUUAAGGUUGUCCUAAACAAAUGUUUGGUAAUGUCGUCGUCUGAGGUCACCAUAACACUCAAAAAAAAUAUAUAUAUAUAUAUUUAUAUUUUUAUUUUUUAUUUUUUUUUAUAAAUUGUGUUUUUAUUAUAAUGCAGUAAAUAUUGCAGAAGCAUUUUCUUUUUCUAAAUGAAAACACCGGAGUUCCUAAUUAACUCUUUUGUACUAAUGCUGGUUAUGCAAUUCCGACCUCCUGAUUUGUCCUGUGUACACUCCAUCUCUUGAUAAAAUGUGGUACACUUUGAUUUGAGUUAUGCUGUCGUCGUGUAGUGUGCAGUGUGCAAUUCUGCUUUCUCUUAAUCAUUUGACCACCUACCCACAGAUUUUAUAUACACUUUUUGAUGAGGGAAGUUUAAUAGUAUUCUAGUUUCUCUAUUUUAGCAGUAAUACCAAGGUGACUGUUCUUUAUAUAAACCUGUAAACAAUUUAAUUAAAUAUGAAAUAAAUAUACAUGGGUGUGCACAUAUAUUUCUUUGUGCAUAUGUGUUUUUGAACAUUUAUUAUUCAGUAACUUUUUUACAUGCUGCGUUCUCUUGAUAUAACAGGUUGAACUUGAAAGAAAACUGGAGUCUGCAACAAAAUCUAAAUUGCAUUACAAGCAACAGUGGGGAAGGGCCUUAAAAGAACUCGCAAGAAUAAAGCAGGUAAACGUUUUGUUCUAUUUUUAUAUAUUUUAAUUUGUGAGUUGUUGUUGUAGUGUAUUGUUUUACCAUUAUACCCCUAGAAUACCAUCUUAAAAGAGAUGGCUCCAAUUAAGUUAUGUUGUGUUACACAGAUGUCCCUUUCCAUAGGUAAAUAAUUUCAUCCCAUGAAUAAUAACCAUUAGGCUAUACAAAUUUUUAUUUUUUUUGCUCCUAGCCAUACUAGAUCAUAAGAAUCCUUAAGCACAGUUCAAACUGGAUGACUGGAUUGUUAAUAAAUGUUAAUGACAAAACCCAACUGGUAGAUCUUGGAAAGGAGUCUGUACACUUGUGGCGUUGCCAAAAAAAUAUUAAAAACAAAAAAAAAGUGUGACUAAUGAUUUCCAUUACCAAGCUGUGCCUUAGCAAAGUUUCUUUCGAGAAUUAUUAUAAGAGUGUAACGAGUAAACAUUGUGAAAGCUGCUCUUUUUAAAGAAUUCAGCUCUUUAUUUGUUCAUUAAUAAAAUAAUAAAUCUUCGUUUAUAACAUCUGUUUGACAACAGAUAAUGUACUUUGACUCUUCCGUCUCAAUACUUUAUAACUAAAGUCAGCCCGGAUUUCUCAAGUAUGUCAUUAAAAAAAAAAAAAAAACUGAGCCGAAUUGUGAUUUUUAAGAAGUCUUAAACUUAUUAGUCUUGUUUAAAAGCACAAUUUUAAAUAUAUAUUUAAUAAAAUAAUGUUUGCAUGAUACUUUGGCAUUCCUGACAUAUUACUGGCCUUGAAGGGGUUAAAGUUCUACUUAUGGAUGAAAGCGUGUGGAUAUGUACUUGUUGCAUAUUGAAAAUAUUUUUGCCGUAAUUUUUUUUUCUAACAUCUGAGCUGUCCCAGUCUAUCCCAGAGAUUAUCCACUUGCAAUAAUUAAAUUGAUUCAUCAUUAAUUUGGCUAAAUAUGGGAAGUAAAGCUUUGUUUAAAAAAAAAAAAAAUCAAAAAAAUCUAUUAGUCGGAGAUCCAGGGCUCAGCUGAAAACUGCGUCUUGAAAGCAUCCAGGCCCUCCUACUAACUUGUCAACUCUGGGUUAUUUUCAGAAAACCUUACUUGAGUUCCUUAGCUAAGACAGCAAUAGUUUCCCACAGACUUACUUGGUAUGUAUGAGUGGGAGAAUGAGCAGUGGCCACUAUUUAGCGAUUGUUUAGUCUACUGAAUGCAUGUUUACCUCUCUUUUCAGGAUUUAUAGGCAGCCAUAGCAAAAUAAAGAUUGUGCUUGCUUGAUUGAAGAGCCUCUUGUCCUUUACACUUGGUGGGCUGGCAUAUAACUAUUUCACAUUUAACCUCUCCCUCUCUAAAUGACUCUAAAAGCACAGUGGAAGUUAGUCUCAGAGACUCCUGUUUGAUGGAAAGGGUUAGAGGCAGUGAAACGUUGAUCAAAAUCUUCUGUAGGGGCUGAAUUAACUUAAAUAACAAAAAUAGUUAGAUCUGCUUUAUAUAUUCUCACUCGUUUGUUUGUGUUUUUUUUUUUUUUUUUUUAAUAUACACGGGAAAGAUUAGUAGUAUCAACGGAACUGCGUUUGUCUUUAAUAGAACAAAUAUACAUAUCUAUAUAUAUUUCUUUAUGAAAGCAAGGUUUACAAUUCAUACACUAAUAUUGUUUAGACAAUUACAUUUAUCAUGAUGAUUAAAAAAAAAUGAUCAAAGAAGAUUCACUAAUCCUCUUGUCGCAGGACAUUUGUAUAUUGUAAGUGAGAUGGAAAAGACACUAGAAUUAUGAGCAAGGCUUUGAAAGUUUAAUAAAAACCUAAUCCGUGAUUUGUUUUUUGUAAGUUGUUUUAUGUAUGUAGUAACAUUUGUAAACGUUCCAAAAUGUUCUAGAAGGUGAUUAGUUAUAUUUUGGAAAUCAUUAGCCCUUCUGCACUACACAAAGCUUAUUAAUAUUGUAAUUAUUAGCAUUUAUAUAGAGCCUGCAUAUUCUGCUGCAGUUUAUAUAGUGACGAUACUUAUAAUGACUCUUUGUUAACAGAUACAUGAAGUGAUGAUGUCACUGGAGUUUUUAAAAUAUUAUUUAAAUUGGCUGUGUUAAUUAAAAUACAAAAUAAAGACCAUUUAGAAAUACCAAAUCAAAAUGGCAAGAUGUAUGCCACAGAGGGCUAGCCAUUUAAUGGUUUAAAGCACCCUGUCCUCCCCUCAGUCUGCUCUCCCUCCCUCUCCAGGAGAAUUGACAUCAGGCACGGAUGAUUGGGGUUCGGGGUGGGGGUUGUGGGUUAUUUCGGAAAGGGAUAUUUUAAUAGAAAAUUAGUGUUAUGAAUUGUAUGAACACAGCUAAGGAAUUAAUUGGCCCCUUCAAAAUAGCCUCUGCACAAACAGAUCUAUUUUCCAUCUCUCAGCUUUAUUUAAAUAGACUUUGAGGACCCUUUUUGAUAGUGCUUUCACAUUGUACAUGUCUGCUGGCAACACUACUGAAGGAAUGCCAGUGCAUUAAACAAUAUUUUCCUUCAGAUGCCUGAGGGUCAUCACAUAGCCUUGGAUAUGAAAGUGCAGCAGAGAUAAGUGUUUGUGUUGGUUUUUCUUCAGGCCUCCAAACAAUCCUGAUUUCAGUCCUGAUUUUUAGGUUCCAUCCCGACUUAGUUCCCUUGUCUCAUGCAUUUAGGUACACCAAGGAGCAGUCCCCAACAAGCAAAGUAUGAGUGCAUCAUUCCGUGCACAAGCACUACUUUAAGGGCACUAGGACACUGCGGGAAGCAUUGAAACAGCGCUGCCCUCAGUGGGCUUGCCUUACUUAAGUAGCAGGCAGCCUGGCGUGGGUUCACCAGCACUGGCCCACUUCCAUUACCCCACUAACACCAACCUCAUGUUUCUCGGUACGCCAAAGCUGGAAGGUAUUGUUUUUGUUUUGAUUACUGCACUGCCCUAUUUUCCCUUAUAAACCGUUUCAUAGAGUGCACUAAAGUGAGAGAAAGGAAAACUGUCACUUCAAAAGAUGACCUUUCCUCUUUUACUUUCAGACACUAACACUUAAAUCACUUCAGCUUUCUAAUGUGCUUUAGGGAGUAAGAGUAAUCCUGGUUUGUCACUGUAUAAAAGUGCCAAUUUCUCUUGCAAAUUUUAUUUUUACAGAGUUGCUAAUUUACUAGGGAGGUGGUCUUCUUGCUCACUUUAUAUCACGUCACAAGCCUGAAAGCAGUGCUUCUCCUAGAGAAACAUUAAUUUCAAUGCAUCUCUGCGAGAAGUAUUGCAGGCACAGCAAUUGCUGUGUAUGUGCCAUCCCAUUGCUUCUCUAUGAGCAUUCUUAUGGCCAGGAGCUCAUCAGCACUGUUGAUUUUCUAGCAGCAGAGUCUAGCUACAACAAAGGAUCGUGACACUGCUGUACUAUAUGUAAGUUGACUAUUGUAUUUAUUUUGGGGGUGUAGGGGGCACAAGAGACUAAAAUAUUUUCAGCAUUAUCAAUGUUUAUUUGUAUUUUACGCAGAAUAGACAGAGUAACCUUUCUUUCAAGCUAGUAAAAUGUAGCAAAACGUAUAUUCCACCUCACUAUGAAUAAAUUGUUGCUCUAUUACAAUAAUUCCAGAAUUAUGAAGCCAUUCAGUUAUAACCUCUCUUUCACUUAUCAAUGUGUUGAAUUAUUUUAUCUCCGUUUUGAAUUGGUUCAUGAAGAAGAGGUGAUGACUAUGCUAUUGCUAAAUACCGCUUUGUCCCUUUAUUUUUAUUUGGUUAUAUUGAUUUCAUUUUAUUUUAUCUCUAUUCUGCUUGUUUUACUGAAUAUUAGUUGACUGCUAGAUGUCUGGACUUUCAGCAGUUGGAGGGGUGAAAAAAAAUUCUAAUACCCGGCUAGUGUUGAAAACAUGAUAGUCAAAGAGCACUUGGUGUGGAGAGAUUUUGAUAAAAAAUAGCAGCAUCUUCAAAUACAGAAAUUACUUUAUGUAUCUAUAUUGCUGUUUUACAUCACUCUUCUCAUCAGGCCAGACACACACGAAUUUAUAUAAUCUUUUUCUGAUUUUAAAAUAGGCAUAUUUAAUGUGGAACUGCCACUUGUAAGUUUUUUUUUUUUUGCCAAGACCCCACAAGGCAACAUGUCAAGUUGAGGUGACGGAGGAGAGUGCAGUAGACAAACUUACCUUACCUUAAGCUGUCCCUCUUUCGCCACCAUCAUACUCUGGCUUCUUGCAAAUUAAUCUGGGAGGAUACUUUAUUUCUAUGCAUGAUAAUACAAGAUGAUUCUUGAUCCCAUCUGCUGAUGGGAACUCAAAGCAAAACUUCUGGCAGUUACAUGAGACAAAGUAGUCCUUGUUUUGUCUUUUGUAUGUCUUCUGGUUACAUUCCGCUCAGUCAAAAUUAGUUUUAUGAAGAUUCUAAUCACUAACACUUCUGAUAUAAAUUAGACACUCUGUUGAACAAGUGUAAUUUCGUAAUUCAUUUUAACAUCUUGAUGAAUAAGAGCAUGUUUAACACACAGAAGCAGGGCAUACAGCUGAUAAAUUGUGGAAUCUAGAAAUAAGACCUUGUGAGCAACCAGUCAUUAUCAAAUUACAUGAAAGUCAUCUUUUAUAUAUUUGGUAUUGAAUCUUUACAUAAGCAAAAAGUCUGUCUAAUCGUACUUGUUUCUAGUGCAUUAAACCAUUUUCUUUGCCUAGAUAGAUAAGUUGAAGGGACACUAUAUAGUCACCAGAACAAAUUAAGCUUAAUGUAGUUGUUCUGGUGUCUAUAGUCAGUCCCUGCAGGCUUUUUGUUGUAAACCCUGCCUUUUCAGAGAAAAGGAAGUUUUUACAUUACUCCCUAGGGACACUUCUAGUGGUCACGCCUCAGAUGGCCACUAGAGGAGCUUCCUGGGUUAGUGCUGCACACAAACAUUCCCUGUAGAGAUGCAUUGAUUCAAUGCAUUUCUAUAAAAAUAUGCUGAUUGGCCAGGCUGGCAUUUGGCUCCGCCCACACCCCACCUCCUUGAUAAACUCAGCCAAUCCAAUGUUUUCCGAAUGGAAAGCAUUACAUUGGCUGAGAUCAUAAAUUCUGAUGUCAGUUAAGGAGGCAGAUCGGGGAUGGGGCCCGCAUCGGGAGACCCGCUUGGUGCUGGAAAUAAAGCAGAUUACCUUUUUAAGGGGGCCAAGGGGUGAGCAAGUCACCUAAAUGGUUUUAACACUUUAGGGUCAGAUAUACUUGGUGUUCCUUCAACAAUGUUUUUGUUCUCUGCUUCAAAAAAAAGUUUUGUACACUGGCAGACUAUUCUUAAGUCUUAUAAUGAAUCGUUAUAAAUGUUAGUGUCUUUCCUGUUUUAAAUUAAAGACACGUUUAGGGUUGUUUUCUGUUUGUUUUCAUAAGUUUUGUUACUUUGUAGAUCAACAGAUUGCUAACUUCUCUGACAAGCAAAGUGUUAAAUAUUUAACUUGUGAGUUCAUAUGGUAAUAAUGCUCAGAUUGGCCAUACAUAUACUAUAUGUAACACAAGAAUUCAUUUUCACACAGAGCAACUGAAAACACUGCUUAUGAGUGAAAGAUUGAUGUCAUAAAGUGGAGUCAGACAUAGUUCAGGGAGGCACAAGGCAAGAUUCAGAACUUGGAAAAUGUAAACGUCACAGCACCCCUGUUAUUUUCCAUAAUGUCUUCUAUGUAAAUGCCUAUUUUUUUUUUAUUUUAUUUUUUUUAGCUUUUGCCAACUGGUUGAUUUGUAGUAUUUUACAGUGGGUUUUAUAGAAUGUAAAAAUGAUACACCUCUUUGUACUGACUUUUUAAAUUGCUUUGACUGAGCUGAAAAUGGUUGCUCGUGGGUAGUUGUGAGCCUGUUGUCAGACUACAAUACCAAUGAUUCUUAGCUAGUCUGUAUGGGCUACACCCCAUUAGAUUUCAUCCCACACUGAAGGGAUAUCUAACCUUAGAACUACAGAUAUCUUUUACAUUCUUGAAAGCAAAACCAUCACUUCUCUGAAAAAGAAAAAUGAAAACUAACCUACUAGAAAGAUGAUUCCUGUUAUUUGAAAUGCAUUUUAAAGUUUAAGCAAUUGAAGUCAUGUGAAUUUCUACAUUUGAUUUUCAUACCUCACAAAUAGUUAUUUUUAUACCUAAGGCAACAGUAAACAGAAUAUCCUAAUUCCUAGGAAGUGAUAGUUCCCAAUUUAAUGUACUGUGUCGGGUAAAUGUGGUUGGUCCUAUUCAUUUGGAAAUUCAUCAUUCUUAGUUUUUGUAGUAUUAUUAAAUGUACUUUUUAAAAAUAUUUUUUUUUUAUUUUUUUUUACAGUUGUGUUAAUAACUUUUCCACAAGAAUGAGGAGUUUGUUCUACAGGUGUUACUUGAAGGAACAUCACAGACUGAUGUCUCAUCCAGCUGCUGUACAUUUUAGGAAGGUUUGCCUUGGCUGCCAUUCAGUUGCCACUCCUGGCCUAUCACCAGCCUCCAAAGCAAACCUUCCUGGACUGUAGGCGGCCAAAGGCUGGAAAUAGUAUGCAAGGCUAUCAAUUGCUUGUUGAUAGUGGAUUUCAGGGUUAAACCUUUCCGAAACAGAUUUCACUCCUGUUAUUAUUGAAAAUUUAUAGAGAUUAAGCUGUUAUGUGGUGGGAGUGUUCCUUUAAAUGGUUUUAUCAGUUUUAGGGCAUUUAUCAUUUUGUCAGUGGUUAGUUUGAAGCUAAAUUGUGAAUACCAUUCUCAUGUGUAUAUUGAUCUGUGGAGCAUGUCAUGCUUAUGUUCUCUAUAAAUUCGAAGAUGGAUAUCCUUUCUUGUCUUAAAAAAACAAAACAAAAAAAAAAAAACGUAUGUCCAUUAUCGAAGAACACCAACAUACCCGUAGUGGGUGUUGCUUACAGCCAGGUUUCUAAACAUUUUUUUUCUUUUAUCUAUGCUUGUUCAUAAGAAUUAUGUUACCUUUACUCCUUUAUAAUGACAUUUUAUUUGCUGAUCAGAUAAUCUACUAUGUGUGGCACCUGGUCCUCUUUGAAAUAUCACUAGUAUAACACAAGGCAGGACCCUUACACAAACGUGGAUGCUUGUGAAAUUAAUUUGGUUGCAACAUAUUGCUGUACUAGAGUAGCCCAAGGCGUAUGUGUGGUGUAUAAAACUCCCCGUAACUUAAAAUACAAAAAUAUCAGAGGUGUAUUGUCCAUCAAAACUAAAAAAAACAUAGCCAGGCGCAGUAGAAUAUAAUCAUCAAUCCUUAAGUGUGGGCAUUUGUACAUUUAAGAUUAUUAAAGGCAACUAUUAUUUUCUAAUAAAUAUUUUAGAUUAGACUAACUACAACACACAAUUUAUUUUCUGUAUAACUGAAACAAUAUGCACAGUCCGCUCUAUAUUAUAUUAGAAUCAGGCUUAACAGGGAGAGGAACAUACUACACAUACAUGUCUGAGCUGACUGGCUACAGCAUUCAGUUUUACUGAACAUUGUUAUACAGUAAAAGGCUUGUGGAUUAAGUUUGUGGUACAUGGCAACAGUUCAGUGUGGUGCAGGCUAGGUAUAGGAUUAUAGAUAGUGAUCUGCAUGGCUAUCUUUUGAUUUAGACAAAAAUAAAACACUAAUUAUAGUGAGUGGUGUCGAGUGUUUUUUUUAAGAAAUGAAAAAUGAUAGAUUUCAUUCUAACAUACUGCUUUGUAAACCAUACUUUUCAUACACUCCCAAAGAAUAAACUUAUCAUGGAAAAUAAAACCUCAGUAAAUUUUUUGAUGAUUUUCAUGUUUAUGAUGAUGAUUUUCAGAGCCAAUCCAUUGCUAGGUUUAAGGUUAUCUGAUUUAAAAGUACAUAGACAUUGAGAAGUCUUUCCUCUGACAAUUGAGUGUCCAUGAGAUUAGGUUAUAUUUAUUUUUGUUAAUUUGGUUUUGUUGUAUCCUGAGACACUUUCAGUUGCUUGUUGCAUAUACUGGGUAACUGCAAUCGCUUCAAGACCGGUUUACCCUAACUAGUAGCCUUAACAUUUAUACUGGAGUUUAAGUUUAACAUCACAUUGAGUUAUAAGAUAUAUUUGACUCCUAAAUUAAUGGGAAAUAAUAUUGAUGAGCAUUACAAAUACUUUUUUUUCUUUUCUUAUGUCGAAGUUUGAAUGUAUACUCUACACAGGAGUGUCCAGUUGGUUAAGUCUGGGUCUUUGCUGUUUUUUCAACACUUACGAUAUUAAAAAAAAAAGUGGUAUAUAAAUCAAUGACCAACAGAAUCUUUAUAUUCUACAUAAUAGUUUGUUCAGUAACCUACAAUAAAUUUUUAGACUUUUAAUUAUUUAUUUUUUUUCCAAUAUCUUUUGGUGCAAAUUAGCAACAUAAAUUGUGUAAUACAUUGCAUAGUGUGUGUGUGUAUGUGUAUGUAUGUGUGUAUAUAUAUAUAUAUAUAUAUAUAUAUAUAUAUAUAUAAUAUAUUUAUUUUUUUUACACCUUAAGGCCCUUUAUUUUUGACAAGCUUUGCAUAGGGAAUAUUUUUAUUCUUGCUUCUAAUAUGAAAUAUUUUCCCUUAGCGUGAGCAAGAGAAUGCCAUGGCACGACUCAAAAAACAGCAGGAGGAACUUGAACAAAUGAGACUGCGCUACUUGGCAGCUGAAGAGAAGGACGUGGUAAAGACAGAGCGCCAGGAGCUGGAGGAAAUCCGGAAUGAGCUCAACAGGUGCAUUAAAGCAAACUGUUACAUAAAUGAAGAAUAACACAUACUUUACAAAUGGGGGUGGGUUGUUUUUUAAAGGGAAAUGUACCCCUUUUCCAUUUGAUUUCUGCAUAGCUUUGUUUAUUUGAGCAAUCUCUCCCAUUUAGGUUGUUUGUGUUUUUUUUUUAUUUUUUUAUUUUUUUAAAUUAACUCCUAAAUUAAAUGCCUUCCUGUCUUCUUCCCUGUUGGCAAACCAAUGUGCCAGCCAGUAAAAUGCAUUUUAAAAGGGUUCCUGCUGAUGAUGGCAAAUGUGAUCCAAAAAGUCUUUGAUCAUUUUACGAUUCUCUAACAGAGUCCAAAGGCUUAGUACAUUUCAAAAUCAGAAGCUGAACUGAAUUGUUAAAAAUAAUUUUCCAUAGCAUGUUUGCUAGUGUUUACACCUGAUUUUUAUUUAUUUUUCAUUUCACACUUCUGCAUAUCCUUUACAUCAUACAAUUAUCCAUGACUAAGUAUAUAUUCCAAUAAGAGUCCAUAAAAAUCAAAACCUCAUUAUAAUUAUAAUUAUGCUUUUCUUUAAUGUUUACCAAAUAGUAUGUUUUACUGUGAUUUGAUGUGUCCUUUUAAUGUUAUUUCUCUUGAUUAAUUGUAUAAUUAGGCUCAGGCAAUUAGAAGAAAGAAAACCGCCCAGUGCUACAAGUGACAUUGCAAGCGGUCGAAUUGAUGGCUCUGGAUCCAGACCACAUGAGGACGGGUUGGAAGAUUAUUUGACUCGACUGAUAGAAGAGAGGGACACCUUAUUAAGGACUGGAGUGUACACCCAUGAAGACCAUAUCAUAAGUGAACUAGAUAGACAGAUUCGAGAGGCAAUGGCAAAAAGAAGCAUCCGAUAAGGAAUGAUUUAUAAAGACAUUCUUUGUCUUAAAGCAGAUGGGCUGGACCUACAGCAGUAGUGCGCUGGUCCUAAAAGUACAAGGUCUUGUUAAAGAACUGUGUAUUCUGGGAAGUAACCUAUGCAUCAUUUUACUAAAAUAUUUUUAUAAAAAAAUAAAAUAACUUAUGGUUUUUACUGCUUGUCACUUUUCUGUGCAUGGAAAUAUAAAACACUCAUGUUUCCAUGCACUGUGUAUUUGUAACACAUUGUUUGUACACCACCACUGUAGUUCUCUUUAUUUUUAUUUUUUGUGAAUAUUUUUUUUUAAUAAGCUGUUUGUGAUAUGCUUAAAAUAAUUGUGACAGAUGUAUAUUGUAACUAAUAAAUAUUUUAAAUUUGCUUUGUAUGCCAUAUUUCCUUGUUUGUGCUUACUGUGGCAUUUAUGUAUGAUCUCAUUCUGUAGAAAAUACAUAUUUGAUCGUUUUCUUGGUAUAUUCAUUGGCCAGCAAUUACGGUCAAUGACAGCUGAAUAGCAGCUGUAUUUGUAGUGAAAUAUAUUUUUUUUACAUACAGCUUCGGUGCAGUCCUGGGUAUGCAUCAAAUACAAGCAAACUUACAGUGCCUGUAUAUGUAUAUACUUGUUUUAAUUACAUUUGAAAAAAAAUAACUACCCCUCCCCCAAUGUUUGGUUUUAAAUGAUUUUUUUCCUUUCGUCUUUUCAACUUCAGCUUGCAUGAAAUUAAAAUAGUAAACUGUUAACUUAUUAGCUAUUAACUAAACUAACUAAAAAUUAAAUUAACAAUUUACACAUGCCUAUAUUGUUUUACUUAUUGUAAUGAAAGAAAUUGUUCUGGUUAAAUGGAAGGGGAUUAUUUAUCACCAGCUGAACCCUUUUAAACUUAG